AUGAGGAUGAUGAGUGUGUGCCAUCGUCCCACACAGAUUGUUGUACGGAGCUUCACGCCCCCCCUGCUUCUCCUCCUCCUGCUCCUGGGCAGCAGCAGCAGCAGCAGCAUUGGAGCUGUCCCCUCUCCGUUCCAGCUGGCCCCGGACACCCCGGCCCCCGCUGAGCCCACCCCAACCCAGGUUACCCCUCGUCCGGACCCCUGCGAAGGGAGACCCUGUCUUAACGGGGGCUUCUGCCAGGCCCUUCUCUCAGCUGGUAGGCCAGAGGACACCUGGGAGUACACCUGUACCUGCAGCCAGGGCUUCACCGGACAAAACUGUGAGGUAUGGACCUACUUUAGUCCUAAUGUGGAUCAAACACAGCAUUAACACCGAGCAGGCUCUUCUUUUGUCUGAGAUUUCUUUCUUGUUUUUUUCCUGGGAUCAGACAGAGUUGGCAUGUUGCAGAGGACGAAGAAUUUGAUGUAAUAGUUAUGUUAAUUUUCUUUUCAAAGCUUAAUCACUCACAAUCACGACAUGUAAAGACACCGGCUUAUAGUCUGUGUUCAUCACUCAAGAAUUAAGCACCGUAUAUGCUUAGUAUUAAUAUUAAUCCUGAAAGGAACUACCUCCGCUCGGCGCUUCUUCGUGUCUCGUGUUGAGCUUAAAAGAGUUAGAGUCUUGGAUCAAGUGUCAGUCCGACCGCCUGUCAUCUUUCCGCUUCUUUCAACUGAAACCGUCAUUAUUACCUCAUGGAUGAUGAGUGUGAUAACAACCACAUCCAGUAUGUGUGUGUGUGUCCAUGCAGUAGAUGAUGGUGAUUGUGUUCUUGCUCCCUGCUGUUGGACCAUUUUCUUAAAGGGAGCAUGUGCUGUCAAUGAGGGGAGACCGAGAUGAGUGCUGCGUUGCUGUGGCAACAGGAGGGGGAGAGCAGCGAAAGUGAUAUGCGAGCGUAGACCGUGUUGUGGGAUAUAUGCGUAGUAUGCAGCAAAAACAAUGCACAGGAGACAGGAUGAGAUCUGAGGAGCAGUGUGAGCGUCUUUAUUGUACAGAUGUAGGAAUCAGUGCAGAUGUUACAGACCAGAGGAAACCCGAACGAUCCUCUGAUUCUGAGUGUGUAUCUGAACAUAACAGGUGUGUGUUACACUGUGUAUUAAACAUGUGCACUUGUCAUGUGUGUGUGUGCAUGCAUGAAUCCCUUUAGAUGUGUAUUACAAGUGCAAAUCGUUUCCUGCCCAAUAUCGGACUCUUCAGGAGGUUGUCCAAGGACAUGUCUCAGUGUCCUCAAAUUGAACAGGACAUUAGUUUUGUUAGAAACCCAACUUUACUUUCCUGGCGGUCAUGAAGAUCAACUUUUACUUCUUGGUGAACUGAGAUAAGUUCAAGCCUGCUUAGACAACAUCCAUAUAAAGAUCAAUAAUUUAAAUCAAUGGGUUUGUACUUUCAUAAUGACUCUUCUAGUCCCACUUACAGUGAUAAUGAUUGUACUUUGCUAACAUGACUUCAUAUGCUGCUUACUGGAUAUAUAUAUAUAUAUAUAUAUUGUAUAUACUGUAGAUACACUUAACAUCGUUUCUUGGUUAUAAAUGAAACAUGUGCACUGCAGUGUAUCAUGAGUAAUAUGUGUGGGUACAUGUAUCUCAGAGCUGACAUAUGAUAUAUAAUAUAUGACAUGAAACAGAAAAACUUGUAUCUGCUGUUAUGUCGAGUAUCAAAAAUGCAUCAACCUGUUAUAUCGAAUAGAUUUGUGUAUGUGUGAUCAUGCACUGAGAGAACUGUUGGGCAUUUAAGACGCAUUACUUUCCAUGCUGUAACAUGGUUUGGUUGCAUCUUGAGGGGGAUUCAAGUGUCACCUGGGCUUGUGUGGAUUAGACCAAAAUAACUCUGCGUCCAUUUGUCAGCAUGUACGGACAGGCAUGAAUGAAGAAGUGCAUCAUUCACAAUUCAAAGUGACUUACUUGUCUUUUGCAAUUCUCCCUCUCAUUCUUGGAUGGAUUAUUUUUUCUACUUUAACACCUUUUGAUGGUGUUUUUCUUUGUUAAAAAAUGAAAUUAAUUAAUUAAAAAAAAGAGGUUUUGACUGCAUUUUUCCACUUUCCCUUUUAUUUUCUCUCUCAAAAUUGUGUUUUUGUCCUCUGUAAUUGGAAUGUUUUAGAUAUGAAGGCCAUUGAAAGAUCAGAAACAUGGUUUGUUUUUAUACGAGAAAGGGCAGGAUGGAAAAUAAUUGUGUUAAAGAAAAGCUAAACACAAUGCCUAACAGAGAUUAACGCUCCUGACGUUGACCUCUACGCUUUUCUUUUUUUUCUUUUCACGCUUUUUUUUUUCUCUAUCCAAGGACAUUCGAAACAGGGAAGCAGCUCUCUUUUACUUUAAUUUAGCACUGUAUUGAUCUCCACAUAAAACUGCUCUUUGGCUGGAUUGCACAGAAUUAAUCUGAGCUUUACGAUAAAUGGACCGUGGCCGAGCCUCUUUAGCUGAGUCUUUAGGCUCAGUCUGCAGCUCUGCCUGUGAGUCAUGCAGGGGUAAGAGAGAGCAUCAGGAAGCAGCAGAGAGGAUGAAUUAGUCUGCUGCUGCAGCAUCACGGAGAGGGGAAACAAUGGCAAGGUGACUGGGUGAGUUUGAGCUGAAUCACCAACAGGUGGCAGCCAUGUCUCCCCUGGUGCCGGCUUUGUGGAUGUACAUUCACUGUUUUUGCUUAUCUUGUGUGUGAAUGCAAGUAAAUAUGACAGUGAAAGGUGAUAUAAAGAGCUUUAGACCUUUAGCUACAGCUAGGCUAACUGUCUCCUUGACUGUCCUGGUUUCAUGUCUUGUAAUAGAAAGCAGCUGCAGUUUGUUUCCCUGCAGCCUGCUUCACUGCACACAAUCCACAAAGGACAGUGUUGUCGCACAAACCGAACUGAGGCUGGACAAUACAGGCGCAGGGAAAAUGUUCAGAAAAAGAGGCAUUUCUCUUCUGCUGUAACAAUGACAUCCACACACUCCAACUUUAUCCCCUUUAUGCGCCAAACAUCAGGCCCAGCACAGACCCAGAGCUGGGCCUAAGGGUGGGAUCAUUGAUUUUUGGCUUGCUCCACUCUCACUGGUUGUGUCCUCUCCAUGGAAACGAGAGCAUCAGUCAAUUGAGAUUUGGUAAAUGACCUGAUUGGCUGAGCACAUUGCUAGUUUGCUCUCUCUGUCCUCUGUAUGCGUCACAACGCAGAUGGUCCGGUGAGGACGGAGGAGGAGAGAGGGAAGAAAGGAGGAAGGAUGAGUUGGGAGAAAAAAAGACAAGGAAGGAUUAAAAAGGGAGAAAGAGAGGGAGAGAGAGUGAGGAGAAAUCACAAUGGGAGCCAGGGGAAGAAAAAUAUCUUUAUAAAGUGAGUUAAGUCCUGGUUUUAGAGCUUAGUGAAGAAUUACUGUUAAAAACCAGUGCCAUGUUCUUACCCUCUCUUCUCUCUCUCUCCGUCUUCUUUUAUCUGUAAUUCUGUGUCGAACCUGCUGUGACUUUCACAAAGCAGGAUUAGCACAAAAACCCACGCUGAGUCUGUAAAAGUAAAGUAAACUUCAGCAGUAGAUUCAGGAUUAAAACCCAGUCACGCCUGUUGAUUUCAGGACAUUUUGCAACCUAUGAAAAUAUAAAUAAAUAAACUUAUCAGUUCAAGUUGCUAAUCCUGCUUUGUGACUCACCCCUUCUGGCUGUGUUUUUAUUCUGCAGCAAUCAAAGCAGCCUCAUGCAAACCACAGCUGCGGGCACCGGGGGGAAAAACAAGCCCACUGUAGUCAUCUAUGGUUAUAAUAUAAGCCUGCACCUUUUCCUGGGCAGCAGCCUGUAAGCUGUCCUGUUGGAAUUCACCAGCCUUUCUCUUAGUUAUUAGUUUCUCAGCCGCUGGCUUAUUCAUUAUUAAAAAGCCUGUUGUGAGCCCUGAUGGAUUUGGUAACUUGCUCCUAAAACACAAUGAGGCUGUGGAAGAGAAAACAGCCGUUCAUCAUGUACUCCUCGGAGCUCGAACUGUUACCCGGCUAUUCAGCGAUACGACAGCAGUGGUUUAUGGCAGAAUUUCCAGUCUUAAGUUCGGGUUUACAGCUCAAGCAUUAUGAACAAAAGAUGUUGUUGUUUUUUUUCAUUUUGCAGUUAUUUGGAGAGGGGAUGUGGGACUGCAGGUUGUGCAAGGCGGAUAUCUAUCUGAGAAGCACAGAAGUCAUUUGGCAGUUUCUGCAGAUAGUUCUGCCUGGAUUUAAUAAGCUCACAUGGAGGAUGUCAGAGGCAGGCAGGCUCGGAGGCUUUUUCACCCUUAUGCUGAUGUUUUUUUGGACCUGUUCACCUUCCCUUCUCUCAGCACGUAAAGCUGCUUUCACAUCUUCAAGCUCCUCUGUUUCACUGUUAAAUGAGUGUAAUUUAAGUCUCGACUCUUCUGUCUGGGAUUUGACACUUAAUCAAAUACAUUUGUACACUUUGAUGCAAGAAGAUCAGUAAAACUCUUUUGAAAGUGAGGGAAAAAUUAAAGCUCCAAUUUGGAUCGAUUUUAGCACCCCUGUUUGACAAAUUGGUACCUUAUAAAUUGGCCUAAGCUGCUAUAAAUCAAUCUAUUGUCAUUAACAUGCUGUUCCUAAACAGUACUCAUACUUUUUCCACUAUUAUCAACGCUGUAUCUGUUCUUAUUAUCGCUGUUGUUUGUCUCUCUAUUUGUUCCUAUAUCCUUAUCUCGACAGGUCGUUUCUCUGGCUGUUUUUAAUGCUUCACAAAUUGUGGUUAAGUGACAACAUAUUGAAAAACCAAAUCCAUUGAACAGAGGGUCUGUUAAGUAAUCUCACACUACCAUGUUUGUCAUUAUUUUAUACACGACUCAGUGACAAAGGGAAGAUGUAAAUCAGAUGAUUUGCAGCAAGUAUUUAUAUCUAAGAUCCUUUUUGCUUGAAUUUCAGUCAGUUUUCGAAAGCCGUGAAAUAAAAUCUGACAAUCUAUUCAUUACAGUCAAAAUGCAUUUCCUGUUUCCAGAGAUAGACCGGGUGUGACUGACGCACAAGCUGUCGCAAUUAGAAUAACUUCGCACUUUCUGACAGGACUCAGUAUGAGCAGACAAAACCAAGUACCAGAGCUGUUGAUUUUUAAUUAUGAAAAUGAGGGAUCACUGUUUGUUUGUUUGUUUGUGUGUUUUGUGUGAGUAGAGGUCAACUCUUGUCUCCGAUGACUGCUCACUCUGGUGCAGCAGAUACAGCCUGAGCUGCAUCCAGUUGAGCCGAGCUAAAACCUCGUCCCCGGGCUCUGGUGGGUCUUUUAUUGCCUUCUUUUGUCAAUCAGAGGGAAGAUCAAAACAUGGAGAAAUAUGACUCUAUGAACCCUACAUGCAUGUAUGAAUGGACUGUCUGUCAUUUUUCCCCCCCAAGGGAUUUGUUUUCAUCUCUCUGUUUGCUGAUGCACUAUCGUUGAACUCAGCGGUUGUUAAAUUGUGGUGUUAGUUCAGAAUAAGGCUUCAUGUGCUCCCCUGAAAAGCACUUUGAGCUCCAACCACAGAGGAAUUUAUGGAAAGAAUGAACUCUAGUGAGGUUGUAACCAUGGAUUAUUUUCAUUUGAAGUUUAAGAUAAUUCAUCUUCAAAAAUGUAAAACAUAAAACCAGAAAAUCCUUAUAUGCUGAGACUAGAAACAAAUGCUAUUAUCUAUCGGAGUGCCGAUGAUUAUAGUUGGGAGAGAGAGUGAAUUAAAGAAAACGUGGAGGGAUUUAAUAUAAAAACUAAUUACAGAGACCGAUGGGCGCUUUCUCUAUUCGGUCCACUGUUAGAUCUUGUUGAGUUGAUUUAACACGAUGUACAUCAGAGGAUUAUUUGAAAUCUUCUUGUAGGAUUUAACAGAAGAGUAUGAAGAAUUGUACCAGAAGCAAGUUAACAGAUUUUCAAUAAUUCACAGUAACUGUAACAUUAUCAUAAUUCAUCUAAAAGAUAAAACAUGCUGGGACAGAUUCAGAGGUAAUUAGACACGUUUUCUCACCACUAAACACUUGAUUGUUGAGAUUUUUGCUAAAGAGAAAAAAAACUCUGAUAACCAGUUGGUGAUGGUUUGAUAGAGACCUCGCUGCUGCUUUGGUUACAGACUGCGUCCAUCCCUGCUGCUUUCUUUGAUACAGCAGCUCUCCACCAGUCUCCUUUGAGCUAUUAUCACCGUGCUAUCGGUGCCGGUCAUGUUGAUGUUCUUAGAUGUAUUGAGGUGGAGCACGCUGCCUUUGAACAGGGGGGCUUCAGGCCAAUCACUUUGGUCAUUUCCAUAUCACACAUCACCUGGCCUUUUGAUGUGUGUGCAGCAUGAGGAAGUGCUGCUACGCGAGGGGAAAGUAGGGGCUGAUCUAUGGGUGAUACAGGAGGUGGUCCGCACAGGUCAUGAGCUGCUCAUCACAAGUCGCUCGCACUCUGGUUAUUUUGGAUGCUAAAAGUCUUAAAGGGAUAUUCCAGCGAAAAAUUAAUUUAGGGUCAAACACACCUUAACACCAAGUUAGACACCCCCUUAAGAGAUAAAUGUUGCCGACUGCUUGCUUAUCUAGUUAUACCAACUUUAGUAACGACCGCACGAUAGCAACACAAAGUGGUCUGAGGAGUCAUAAACAAAGCUCAACCAAAACUCCACAAAUAAUGCUCAGAACAGCAUCUAACUUCAUCAACAGUACAUCAAGGGUCCCUGCCACAGCACUAGCCACCAAACAUCUUUUUAGAUUGCCUGAUUUCUUAAGCAGAGACACUAAACACAACUCACCUAUUCUCUUCCAGCAGCCACUUGUUUGUAGGGAGACCUCGGGCCAAUCCAUUACGGACUGUUGAAGUAAUAAUCAUCAUAUCAAUCAUUUUGCACUGCAGACACGGUAGUUCUUUUGCCUUAGCAUCUCAGUCUGAUUGCAUUUCAUGAAGAAAUGAUAAUAAAUGUUCUUCCUUGAGCUGCAUCACCCAGCUGCAGUCCAUAAUGGACUGGCCCAAGGUCUCGCUACAAACAAGCGACGGCUGGAAGAGAGUAGGUGAGUUGUGUUUAGUCUCUUUGCUAAAGAAAUUAGGCAAAGUUAAAAAAGAUGUUUGGUGGCUAGUGCUGUGGCUAGGACCCUUUAUGUACUGUUAAAGAAGUUAGGUGCUGUUCUGAGCAUUAUUUGUGGCUAUAUAUGUACGCUCUAGAGUGGCGUUUUGGUUGAGGUUUGUUUAUGGCUCCUCAGACCACUGUGUAUUGCUAUCUGUGGUCAUUACUAAAGUUGGUAUAACUAGAGAAGCAAGCGGUCAGCAAAAUUCAUCUCUCAAGGGGAUUACUAACUCAGUGUUAUGGUGUGUUUGACCCUAAAUUAAUUUUACGCCGGACUAUCCCUUUAACUCUUCACUUUAUUUUUGUUGAUGUCUUUGUCCAGAUCAAGAUUGUCUGUUAAAUUUGAAGUUUGAGUUUGAUGAAAUGAAUACUCACAAAUCAGUGAGAUUGUAGAGACAGUCUUGUCACAGAGGACAAUUUAAUAUCAACCUUUCACCUGCUUGACUGUAGCAUGCUAGCUCUGCUGCUAUAAAGACGCUGGCUCGCUGACACAAGCAUUUAAUCAAAUUAAAGCAUCGCUCUGCCAUAGCUCAGGCCAAGGCUGAAUUUAUAUGUGCUUUUUACUGCGUGGUGACGGUUCAAGACACAACGUCUCACCUUCAGUAUGAAUCUCAGAGGCAAGAUGGUGGGACCAGUUAUCCCACUGCUGUGCUAAGACUGGUGUUAGUAACAGAGGCAUUGAUGGAACAAAUUCAGACCAAUGUGUGUCGGUGAAGUGGGCAGUGUGAAUCUGUCAGUUUGCGUUUGCAGAGAAUUGCUCUGUAAUAGCAUAAAGAAUCGUAAAAUUACACUCUCAAACUCCACUGUAACUCUAAGUAGGGUGAAGGAGUGUUACAGGACUUGCAAUAUGUAAAUGGUGCAAGUGCUCUUGUGUGCACGAUGGCUUUCCAACAUGUUUUGUGUGUAUUUGUGGACAUCUUUCAAAAUUAGAGCGAUAAGGGGCACAAGAUGUGGAAUAUACAGGAGAGGUAGGAGCAGUAUAGGGGGACACGGUGGGAUGUGAUUGGGUUCAACAAAAGAGAAGUGGAGGAAGUCCAUUGUAGGAGCCAAAUUUGUUAAUGUGAUACCAUAAAUGAGUUACAGUUCACUUUGAAUGCCUCAGGUGUCGUUGUUAUCUGGGGGUUCAGGAAUAAAGGUAGCCAAGUCACUGUUGUGGGCAGGUGAUUGAACCGGAAGGGAAAAAAGUUUUUUGACCGCUGUGGCGCUAAACGCCAGCGUUUUUCUUUGUUCAAUGUUGCUCGAUAUCAAUUGCAAAAUGGAUUUUGGUUAUGUUUAGUGCAAUACACUUUUGUUUGCUGCAUCUGAGGAACAGAGUCCAGACUUUCAUUGAUCAUCAAAAACUCACGGUAGUGUAAGAAACCAGUAGCAACCAAGUAUGGCUUUAGCUCCUACAUCCAUGAUUAUCCACAUUUGUCUGAUGUAUCAUUGCCACAGCACAGUGAUAAGCAUGCCUGUCUGUAUAACUGGAGACUGAUAAGUUCCAUUUUAAAGGUUGCCAUGGAAACCUACAAAAUUGAAACAAGUGCAGGAUUGUUACGUGCAUGGAGGAAAAAUGUUGGCGAGCCCCUGAGACCCAAAAUUAACAUAGCAGAAACCCCCUUGAGUGGCUGGAGUUUGCACCGUGCACAUCCGGUAGUUGGUUUAGCACACUAGUGUGUCCCCUAGAGUAAUCCACUGAUGACACUGAAAGCAUAGCAUGUGAACAAUUAUGUUGAUGCAUGAAUGUAAUAUUGAUGCAGCAAUUUGUGUGCCAAGGUUAAAAAACAAGUACAUCUCCUUCCUAGGAAAGCUGAAGUAACAUCUACUCGUGUCUAAAUAGCAAAUAUAACUGCAUUUCAAUCCAAAGUAACCCACCAAAACACCUAAAAAUGCUGUCUGAAUUUACUGUUACGGUUACUGUACGGUCAAGUUUCACCUCCUCAUCCUGUACGUGAUUUUGGCUCCUCAAAUAGUCACAUCAGUUGCCACAUUUCUCUCCUGACUGCUCCCAUACCUACAGGCCAUAUUUCUUCCUUUAUCACCAACACUCAUCACGUAGAGAGCUCUUAGCUCCGUGUCAUUGGCUCUCUAAUUUUCCUUGAGAGUAGCAGUGAAACGCUCCCCUCUCUUCUGGAAAGACAGAAGUCAUAAAAUACCCUCCGUUGGUUUAGUUUGGGUGUUUCUUAUUGCUUUUCGUCUGCCCUCGUUGCUAUUUAUAUCUUUAAUGGAGCAGGGAGUUGUGUCACUAUCAGCGGCAUAAUGUCAGAAGGGGCAGAGCAGAUCUUAGUCAGCAGCAGUUCACCCGUAUAAUAGCUCUUUGCUGUGACACCCUCAUUGUACUGUCGCUCCUAAUGACUACUCUUGUUGCUGUCAACAUGAUGAGUGCGCAUGGCAGGGGGAAGGUAUGCACAUGUGUACAAGGUUAAAAUCAUCUGACUUUAUUCUGUAUAAGUCACAGAUUGGUCGUCUGUAACCUUUGAGCUAUAAGCUGCAUCACUCUAGCCACGACGGACUUCAACACGUCAUCUACACUCACCAAACACAUCACCUGAUUCUGACUGUUUUUGCGCAGUAAUGUGUUCAGAGUGUAUGCAAACCAAGCUGUUCAUUCAACUUAGAGUAAAAGACUCAAAAAUAGUUUGUUCAUUCUUAAUUUACAAUGUGUGUGUGUGUGUGUGUAAAUGUGUGUAUAUGUAAAUGUCCAACACUUUCUGCAGGACUGUGACUCAGUUUUUUGGGCCAGAUAUACCACUCUUCACUGGGAUUCCUACCAGUUUUAGAAACUGGUCUUGAGUUUAGGGAUUUCAUCUGUUGAUUGGUAAAGUUAAUGUAAAAUGGUGACAGAAAACUGCUUCAAAAAUGCUGACAGGUGACUGACACUCUGUAGCUAUACAAGGGGACUUUAAAUGGAGUUAUUUUCCUCAGUUGUUUGUCCUAAAAUGGUUCCAGCUGAUUUGAUAAUUUGCUCAUUAAAGCUGCUGUGCGGAUCAUUAGGUUUGUGUUCAUUUUUGCAGAGAUGUGCGUCUUUUUGCCAAAAAAAGUGGUCCUUUUUGACCCCCAAAAAUCUGCUUUCUUUAAACCAUUAAAUGUGCUGCUUAUGCAUUUGUUGUUAAAAACGUAAAGUAAGCUUCUCUCUGCGGUGCUCUUCUAGCUGUGUGGUGUGAUACCUGCAAGAGAGAAGGUUUGAUUUUGACAUCAGUGGGGACACAAAAUUGCCCUCCUGAAAGUUUAUGUUUUAUUGCAUUUGCAAUCAUAAUUUUCCAUCAUGUAGAGCUGAUCAAACAAGCAAACAAUCAUAGUCAGGAAAUUGUCGUGUUUUUAAUGAAUAUCUGAAUAUCUAAAGAAAAAACGCACGCAAACCCUCACAAACACAAAUGUAAAUGUAAAUGACGCUAUUGAUAUUAAAAUCCGUUUCAGCUGACGCGACCCAGGCACAAUAUGCCAAACAUGUUGACAACUUAAGGUCCUUUCACACCAGGAGCGUUUUUUUUGCGCAAUUAUUUCGGACUUUAAUUUUUUUUUUGAACCCGUAUCCUGUCAAUACAAGCGUUCACAUCAGCGACAUUUUCCCAUCCUGCGAUACUGCGGCAUUUAUUUUUUCGGAUCACGGUUGAAUUUGCUAAGGUUUCGCAUACUGUGUGUCCACUUCUGACCAAUCAGAUUUUGUGUUGUUACGAUGUCAGAUUCACGGGUAUCUCCAACAUGGCCGACUGGCUUAUUGUUUACAUGUAAGAGAACAGAGUGCUUUUUGAUACACAAAUAUUACAAAGAUAACGACCUGAAGGACAUCCUGUGGAGAGUCAUAGCGUCAGAUCUCUCAUUUGACGAUGGUUUGUGUGCUUUAAAAGUUUGCUAAACGUCUUUGUUUUAACUUUCAUCUGUGCUAAGUAACUUUUGCUCGUAAACUAUCCUGUUCAGAUACAACAUGCCACAUGUAUUUUCACUGUCUCAAACUCAAUCGUGUUGUUACCUUACGUUUAUGGAUUAUAGUUUAAUGUGCUUAUCUGGUACUGGCCCCGACUCAGUACAUGCUAUCAUGACAGACAGACAUCUCAACACUAGUGUCUAAUCAGAACUGAAAAACAGUCAGUCUGCUGUUGUGUCAGUCUUCUCGCUUCCACCCGGAACGCGUCUCCCCCCCCCCAGAAAGUCGCACAAUUGCAUCGUGCUUGAUGUGUAUAGUCAGGCGCAUCAAAAUUCGCCUCUGAAUAUUUCGUAAUUUUGCGUCGUAUAUUUGCGUCGUUCCCGGUGUGUAAGAACCUUUACAUUUCGCGGUUGAAGAUAACAUGCACUGUCUGCCUCCUGUCCGGUCCAACUAGCAGGUAACUUUUACAGGUAGAUGUAGAGACAGCAAGGACAGCCAAUCACAUGUAUGUAAGCGAGAAACCAGCAGCCAAUCGAAGAGCGAUAUUUAGAUUAGAGGCGGAACUUCUAGUAGAGACCAACUGUUAACCCUUUGUGUGCCAUGAUCAUUGAUUAAACACUACAGACAGCAGUUGUAUUGAUAGAGACUACACCGUAGCAGGUGAUUAUUGGUAGGGACAUGUCCAUGGCAUCCUUACCCAAUUCUACGCCCUUGGAUACCUGCAUCAAAAUCUACAAUAACAGAUAUUUGGUCUUGUUGCAGAUGGUCUGGUUUGCUCUUUUAGGUCAUUACGAGGCAUAACUGGGAAUUUGAAUCAGUUUUACAACCAGUUAAAAACUUCUGCGUCUAUGGUUUCAAGGGGUGCAUGUGUUUUCUGAAGCGGCUGUACAGUAAGCUUUCUGAUCCACUGUAGGAAACAGACGUCAUAACAACACACACUCAGAUCUAUAAUAAUGUGUUAUAGCAUUAACAGGAGCAACUCAUCCUCUGCUCUGUUGCCCUCUUUGCUUUUCGAAGACAGUGACUCAGUAACAGAUGUUGCGCUGAGUUCUCGCCGUCUCCUCCUCAGACGAACACAACUUGUCAGCUAAGUCAAUCUGACAAUAUGUUAUUUAAUGAAGCCAACUGGGAGACAAGCCAGCACGCUGUGGAGUUUUUUGUGUGUACUGAUGUGUGUCAUGAACAUCUCUUAGCUGCAGACAAUAAAUACCAGCUUAAUCCAAAAAAAAAAUCCCUUCAGGACCAGUAGAGCACCUCCGUCAGAGGGUGGAGCGGGGGAUACAGGCAGCAGCCUCAGGCGUCAGACACACAGAUUAGCUGGUAUUAACAGCUGGGCCUGUCUGUUGGGUGAUAGGAGAGGCGGUGUGGAAAAUUUGGCUGUCUGUUAGAUAUUGUGCUGGAAAUAAAUUAAUCAAAUAUUCAACUCGAGAAAGUAGGAAAGUGCACCUGGAACUGUAUUUUUUUGCAGUCUAGGAAAAUCGCAAUCAGGAACAAAAAUAAGCUUAAAAUUGUAAAAUCUCAGUAUUUUUCAGCACAAUUUGGUUCAGAAUCAUUGAAUUUUUGCACAAAUUUGAUAAAACUUUAUCUGAUCUGUUGAAAUUGUUUGUAUGUGUAUUAUAGGCUCAGUGUUAUUGUGACAAAUAAAGUCAUUUUUUCAUGUUUUUCUGUUUGAUAAAAUUUCAACAAUUUGCCUCAGCCUCAAAAAUCGAUAUUUUUUUGUUCUCUUACAUCAAACUUCACCCCUAUUUAUCCUCCUCUUGUUGUGUGAUCUGUCACUCUGAGAGCAGGAAGUUUUACGAUGAGAUUUUGAACCCUGUGCUCAGUGCUGUUUCACCGGCGAGCGCUGACGUCAGUAAACUUGAGCCUGAUCAGUGGGGGAGAGCGGAGCUCACAGCUGGACAGAAUUGCCGGAGUCUGGAGCUCUGAAUCUCCUGCUGAUUCAUCCACCUCCAACAGCUCCACUCUGAUCACAUCCAUCCUCAUUGAUCAGCAGUUAAUCAAUGUUAAUCAGUGGGAGGUUUUUACACAUUUAUGAGAUAACCGUCACUUUAGAAAUGCUUGCAUCUUACAGGAAUACUAAGUGUUUUAAAAAAAAAUGCUGUAAUUGAACACUUACUGGUUGUGAAUUCGACAAAAUUGACCUUGCAUUCAGUGAGCACAAACUAUUAAUCUAAAAUAAAUAAAUAAAUAAAAGAUUUCAUAAGGUUUAAUUGCCUUUGGAUCCACAUCUCUGUAUCAUACAUAGAGCCAAAGAUGCUCCAGGGAUGAAUAAUCCAGGUAUCUUCAAGGGCUGUUGGUGUUAUCAAGUUAAUUAAGAUGAGAUUAAAGUCUGAAAUUGGCUUUUUUUCUUAUUGUGAGCAAUUCGGUCACAUGAUUGUUACAUCUCUUCGUCUUCCCACUUCCCGCUGACAUUCUGAUGGGAAAUAAUAACACCGCUGUGCUUUUAUUGGCACAUUUUACUCUAAUAAACACCCAGACGGCUCAUGAACUUUGUGUCAAACAGACUAAUCUGAAGAGAUGGGAACAUUCAGAUGCUUAAUGCCACAGACAGAGAGAGGAUUAGUGAAUGUUUUCUGACUCUUCUCUUUAUUAAGUGUGUCAAAGGAAACUCUGCUCAGGAAAAACAACACUGAAUCGUGAUUGUUGUUACACAGAUCAUCCUUCCUGUCCUCCCUCUCCAAUCCUCCUCCCGUCAUCUCACAAACAUGUUGUGUAGGCGGUGUUACAGAUCGCGCUCAGAUGAUCUGAAGCUUCUCAAACAGAAGGAGAAGCUGCGUCUGGGCUGUCUUAACUUUUAAAAAUCAAUUCUCCCUCCUUCCUGGGGCGAUAGAACAGAGCACUGAUACAUUUCGUGGCUGCCUCCUACUGUAGGACCUUGUGUCCAUCUAUGCCCCUGUUCCUUUUCUAGGGUCUCCAUGGCAACAAGGCAAUGAUGAGGGGAGCCAAGGGAUCAACAGGUGGAAAGCAGAAAAUGUCAAGACUGCUUCCUGUGAACCACGUGAGGACUUCAUAUUUUUAACUCAGAGAGGGAACAGGACAAAUUAUCCGAUCAACACUAGUCACAAAGAGGAAUGACGUGUUUUCAAUGUCCCUCUUUUGCGCUUAACAAUUUUUUUUACUGUUAUUUCCAUGCACAAUAACCUCCUGCUGUUGCCCGACUUCCUAGGAGGCAGGUGACAUGAGUGGUGAUAUUACACAUCUGAUUUUUUGGUGACAAAGGGAACAGGAUGUUCCACUUCCAUCGCUUCAGUGACUAAUUCCCUAUGGCAGCAGGACCAGCUCCAGACCCAUUUAUAGCCUGACAGGAAGCAGAGAGGGAUUUUGGUUAUUUUAACAUCUGUUACACACCUACUUAAAACAAUAACAUGUGACCCAAAAUCAGACGCUCGGAUUUCAAAGAGGCGGAAAGGAGGCCUCAAGACACAUCACGUCUUGAAAGUGUUUUUCUGACAUGCUAGAGACCGUUUAAUCAUGUCAGCAGUAGGUGUCACCUUUUUUCUCCACACACUGGUUAUCUUGUUUUGAAGGAACCUUCAGUGUAAGUAGGUCAGAGUCAACCGAGAGCUCGUAGAUCAGAGCACAGAGUGACAUCCAUCUCCACCAGCUGAGGCUUGAGUGAUUUUUCAUGUUGUAUUUCAAUGUUUUUUUCUCCACCAAAAAUCGUCCUUUCAACAGACACGCCAGUGACACCACAUUUUAUGAAUCCAAACCUGUUAUGCUUAUUUACUAUAAUGCAUAAUAACUAAUGUUCCUACUUCACGGUAACAUGAAUCACAGUGGGUAGCAACUUUCUUCUGCAUUAAGUAAUGAUGAAACAGCGUGUCACGGAGAGAGACGGCUUAGAAACCAGGAGGAGGUCUUCCAUUCAAAUCAUUAAGUCCUCUGUGUUGCACAGCGGAGUCUGCAUCUGAUUUAAUGGUUUUCAGAAGGCAGCAGACAGAAAACAGGAAGAAAAAAACACUUCCGCUGAAGCAGUGGUUUCAUUGCUUUGUCCUUGAUGUUAUGUAUGGGUGAUGUAUAUAUCUGCUGUCUGCAGUAACAGAGAGAUGUUCUCCUCUUCAAUUUUAUCAAUCACUGCAGGCAAUAAACAAUCACCACGUCUCGGUCUAAAAAAAGACGUACACAUGCGCACGGUCAAAAAUGAUAAACACAAUAUUUCAUUUUAAUGAUGCUAAACAUUCAGCCAUCAUUUCCAACGAAUGCCUUUUCUCCUGUUAUCUAUCAAUGUGGCUGAUAAAGGUAACACCAGUAUGUAGUUCACUGAAAACUCACAAGUUCAUUUGCAUUAAACUCGAUCUGAGAAAUCUUACUGUGUUCACAGACAACAUACAGAAGUCCCUCAAAAAUGUUCUGAUUAGUUACCUUUAAUAACAUACUUGAGUUAAAGCUCCAUGUGGAGUUUUUUGACAUUGAAAAAAGGAUUACAAUUUACACUGACGGCCUUUUGUGAUGUACAAAUGCAAACAAGAUCAUUAGAAACAAGACUGACAAUUUCUAUUUUCUUAUUGUUCUACUAAAAAGCGGAGCUAGGGGGAAGGGGUCAGCUGAACAACAUGACAAAACAACCCUGAUCUUUGUUUUUAAGAAAUAUUCACAAUUGAUGAUUUAUUUGACUGUCAAUGGCUGCUAGGUUGAGAUUCUUUGACUACGGCAGGUAGAGGAUGAGAUAAACAAAGACUACUUUGUCUGCAUGGGUUUCCAGAUUUGACACAAACUGGAAGUUCCUCACAGGAGCUUUAAAGUUGUUUUUCACAAUUUUAGCAAAGACAGAUCCAGUUUUAUUUGGGGAGAAACUGAAGACACAGGCUGGUUUGGAGCUAAUGGCACAGGUGACUGUUUUUCUUUGUUUCAGGGAUAGUCAUGGCCUUUUCUGUGCUUUGUGCUGUUCACUGACUGACUGAUGAUAAGUUAUCAGUGAAUCAGUGAAUAGCGCUUUAAGUGCUGUCCUAAAGAUCAGUCACAUGCUACAUUUGCUUGACCAUACAAUAUAUUCUAGGAUGUAAAUGUUUGUAGUUUUAGAAAGAGAAGAAAGAAAAUCUUGUUUACUUUCUUUUUCAAACAGGAGCUGUUUCGUCAGCCCAACAUUCACUCCUGCUAUCGAUAUCACUUCUCCGCCAAUGACAACAGCUGGAUUACAUCUUUUGUUUUUCUGCUUUAUCACAUCUGAGAGAGUGGCCUGUUUUACUUUGACCUCAUAAAAAUUGUAGUAAAGAGGAACAAUAUAAAAAACUACUGUGUUCACUAUCGUCUGUAUAUGCUAUGGACAACUCAGUUGCGCCUUCUGCCAGUAUACGGAUUUGAAGCCAAAAAGCUCUCUGUAUUUCCGUGUUUUUUUUCACCACUCCAAACCAACAUUGGGCAGUAGUGUUGUACGCACUCCACCACUUGCACAGGAGCAUUGUACGCAUUCGGCAGGAGAGUCACCAAGAGUUGCCAUGAUGACGCUCGGCUAAAACAGCGUAUCCCCCCGGUGAGCUAUGCAAUCUUCGUACACCCAUAGGCUGUAUCAGGUGUCAAUCACAGAAAACUUGAACCCCUCAUAACUUUUAAAAAUGGAGCUUCACAGAAAAGAGGACUUGAGCACAAACCAGUCUUACAGUAACUACAUGUCAACAUCACGAGCAGGAGGGAGAAAAAUUUAUAUUCUGUGUAAUAAAUUUCUACAGUUUGUCCACAGCUCCAUAGGGAUGGCUGGCAGAGGCAAGAUUUAUGACCUAUACUGCAGCCCGUCACCAGAGGGUGCUGUUCUCAGAGUGGCUUCACCCAGCGAGGAGGCAGAUGCUGUCUUUUCUACAUACAGUCUAUGGUGUCCACUUAAUAGUGGAAACAUUAGUUAUUAUGCAAUAGUGUCUGCAGCUUGAUAGCUGUGUAGGAUCUCUGCAAGCAGAUAAAUUGACAAUAAUCCAAAAAUUGUAUGUUUUCAUGUUGCAUGUAAUGGGGAUAGUAAAUCAAACUCAUGGAAAGUUGAAGCAGAGGAACAUGCUGAAAACAUCCAAAAUCCUUCUCUCUGCACAAAACUUGUCUAGUUUUUCAAUCUAUGUCGUCUAUUUCUGCUGGAAAAACACUGUCAUCCCAACUCUGACUAAGGGCUGAUGUUGGAGUCAGAGCUAAUCCUAACUGUAGAGUUGUGAAGUUUCCUCCCGGUGAACUGAUCCAUCAAGCAGUUGGUCUAUCUAUCAUUGUAAUGUGUGAGAGAGAGCUGCAUACAGAAGAUGUAAUACCAAAACAGAAAACCCCUCAAUCCGUCAGAGCAUCCACCGCAAGAUCAGCUGCUGAUAGAUUCACAAAGAGCCUGAGAGCUCCUGAUGUGUUUCAGUGCUCGUCUGAUAGAAUAAGAAGACAGAUAACCGCGUCUCAGCUCUCAAGAAGAGACAUAUGCGUCCCUCGCAGCAUCAAUAGGUAAAAAUAGAGCCGUGUAGCAUCUCCUCUCUUAAAUCAUCCUCCUACCACUUAGUAUUCUCCUUUCUCCUCUCCUCUUUCUACACCUCCUGCCCUCAUUUUCUUCCACGCAAGCCUUUAGCAGAAUGGAGAGGUAAUUGACUUGUGUUGUGAACACUACUAGUGAGGGAUGGUAUUGGCCAAUAGUGGGAGGUUAUUUUGAGUCAUUUGUUUGAUGAGAGCACGCUGUGGAGAAGAGUGGAUGUCGUCCUGCUGUGUGCUGACUUUUGAGUGACAGAUUUUGCUGCGCUAAAACAAAACAAAGCUGAAACUCCAAUAAAAUAUGUUUAAGAUGCCCACUGGUGGAAAGUGUACGAUUUGGACUGGAAAUUAUUCACCUCAUUAGCAUGUUUCCCCGUAUCUUUCAGCUCUUCCAUUUACAUCUAUUUAUGCAUCAAGGCGAGGGUGAAAUUUAUCAAGGUGCUCGGCCGUGUUUGUGCCGGUUUCACGGAUCCAAAAUUUGAAAGCAGGGUUGCUCUUUGAUGCCACAGGGCCAGGAAGUGAUGAGGAAGUAUAAGAGGGAGAGGGAGGGAUGGUGGACGCUUUGAUGUGCAGAAAUAGAUAACAUUAAAGCCCCGCCAAUAAAAACACUUUCUGGCCACCACACACACACACAAGCACACACACACAGCUUAACUGGAAGCUACAACUACUUGGAUGGAUAUGAAGCAGAUGGCUCCGUAUGUGGAGUAUUUAUCCCAGAGUAAUUUAGGACAUGAUUUGGGCAAAUGAGAGCCUAUUGUGCUUAAGAGGACAAUAAAAUCCAUGGAGCCAAUUUAUGGUGAAUGAAUGAAUGAAUGAAUGAAUGCAUGAUUGGCAUUUUUUUAAAUUAGAAACUGGAUGAGUACGGUGUUUUUGCAUGUUUUCUGUCCCUCUCGCAGUCAGUUUCUGUAACUGUGCUUGUUAAGGUGUUUUACAAACAUUAUUCUGAUUUAACAAUGCUGACAGUUACAAGAAUCUGUGAAAAUUACAGGUGAUAUAGAGAAUGUGGACUGUAAAAUGCAGUUACGGUGCAUUUAAAGUACCCUUGAGCAAGGUGGUAUCCGCUAACAGCCAAUGACUGUUAUUCAUUUUUUUCUUCUUGCACUCCCUUGGGCUUGGCGGGGAACAAAAAUGUGCUUAUACAGGACAGCAUGAAGGACUACACAAUUGGCAUUUUGCAGCACGUUUUGUUCGAAAUCUGUUUCUAUAUGUUUGGACUUCUGCUUGUGAAUCAGCAUCAUUUCCGAGUGUUCCCCCUAAUGUCACAGAUUGGUUCGCCUUAUCUGUCACGUCAGCUGUUUAUGGUGUAAGAGAGCUUAAAGGGAUAUUCCGGUAUAAAAUCCCUGAGUAAGACACCCCCUUGAAUGAUAAAUGUUGCCGACUGCUUGUUUCUCUAGUUAAACCAACUUUAGUAACGACCGCACGAUAGCAAUACACAGCGGUCUGAGGAGCCAUAAACAAACCUCAACCAAACAGCCACUCUAUAGCCACAAAUAAUGCUCAGAACAGCACCUAACUUCAUCAACAGCACAUAUAGGGUCCUAUCCAUAGCACUAGCCACCAAACAUCUUUUUAACUUUGCCUAAUUUCUUUAGCAAAGAGACCAAACACAUCUCACUUACUCUCUUCCAGCAGCCGCUUGUUUGUAGGGAGACCUCGGACGAGUCCAUCACCGACUGCAGCGGGGUGACGCAGCUCAAGGAAGAACAAUUAUGAUCAUUCCUUCAUGGAAAUGCAAUCAGACUGAAACGCUACAGCAGAAGAACUACCGCGUCUGCAGUGCAAAAUGAUUAAUAUGGUGAUUAUUACUUCAAGGAAAUGAUAAAGAAAUGAUCAUAAAUGUUCUUCCUUGAGCUGCGUCACCCCACAGCUGUCCAUAUUGGACUGGCCUGAGGUCUUGCUACAAACAAGCGGCUGCUGGAAGAGAGUAGGUGAGUUGUGUUAAGUCUCUUUGCUAAAGAAAUUAGGCAAAGUUAAAAAGAUGUUUGGUGGCUGGUUGGGACCCUAUAUGUACUGUUGAUGAAGUUAGGUGCUGUUCUGAGCAUUAUUUGUGGCUAUAGAGUGGCGUUUGGUUGAGGUUUGUGCGUGGCUCCUCAGACUGCUGUGUAUUGCUAUUGUGCGGUUGUCACUAAAGUUGGUAUAACUAGAGAAGCAAACAGUCAGCUACAUUUAUCUCUCAAGGGGGUUUCUAGCUCGGUGUUAAGGUGUGUUUGACCCUAAAAUAAUUUCACGCCGGAAUAUCCCUUUACUCUAUCCCAGACAUGUUGGUCAUCCCACGAGUACAAUGACUGUCUAAAGAGUGCCGUGUAUCACCAUAUUAUUACAGUGAAGUCAUCUUUGUUUAAACCGACUGUCCUUAAGUAUAAAAAGGCAAAACUUAGUGUGUAAACCUAAGAGAUCAAUGCUGCAGAGUCACUGUAUUGACGGCUCAUGACGCUGUGGAAGUGGAGCUGGAUUUUCAAACUGACUGCAGCCUUAUCUUCUGCUGGUGCACUGAAGAAACUGGGCCAAUGUUUGAAGAGUUUAAAGGAGACAUCUGGCAGGUGUUUCUUUUUUCAUUUCCUCUUUGAAUCUUUUGUUGAAUUUUACAAUAUCACAAUGUUCAAAAAAAGUACUGACAAAAUUGACAGCAACUUUUUACCUUUAAGCUUCCUUAUGAAGAUUAAUGUUCCCUCUCCCACUGUGUAAAAAUUGGUCACAGCACGGAGCUUUUCCUGUUCCGUUUCUUUACUUUAGUUGUUACGACUGCUUUUUAACACCUUGUUCCUCCUAGACUAAAAUGGGUCACUGGACUGUUACUGUUGGUUCCUUAUAUAAAAUCACAUCACCAUGUUUUAAUGAGCAUAACAACUUCAUAAUUCAAUACUUCUCCCAAGCUGAAAAGAUUGAAUACUAUCUUUGUCAUGACUGCAGUACAAACGCACUUCUUAUACGAUGUCAAGCAUUACAAAGUGGCAAAAAAGUAACCAAACUCUUUCAGCUGCUAGCUUGGUAAUAUAAGUUUUCAACCUGAUGUGAUAAAAAUGGUAGAAGUUCUCUGAGUCAAUGUCUAAGCCCUGUCUCCAGGUUCUGUCUGUACUGACAGCGAACAUGACGAGGCUGGAUCAUGAGGGGUUUCAUGCUUGGCGGUUUUCUGACUGACAGGUGCAAUAAAUCAUAACAACAAUGAUGUCUCCCUGGGAGACUGACAGGAUAUUGCUUAAAUGUUAAACCAGAAGCUCAAAACACAGCAUUAGCCUGUCUAUGACUAUCACAGUGCCGAUGUGGUUGACUGCAGAAGACAAUGGGUUGGGUGGGUGAAAUCCUUCUUAUUUGAAAUGUGUUGUGUGACAUUCGGUUCUUCUCAGCCAAGGCAGACCAUCUCAAUCAUCUGCCGUUCCUGUUUAGUGAUGUGUGUCAGAGCCAAUCCUAGAAAAAGAGUCUGCAAAAAUACGUAUUCUUGCUAGACCAUCAGAAAACGUAUUUUGUUAAGCUUAUAUAUUACUCAAAAGAACAUUUUCAGAACAGUUAGUUCCAACCCAGCUGGCUUUCCUGUCUCUGAUUUGUGUAAGGACUUCAGACAAAUUGGAUGACAAGCAAAAAGCUAAUGAACGUUUUUUUCUGCUGAGGGACAGUGCAUCAACUGUACAGACUAUCUAACCAGGUAGAAUCUCACAGAACUAUAAGAAGUCAUACUUUACUCGCUGAAAUGCACAUUAGCUUCAGUUACGAAUUUCCCUGAAAGUAUUCUUGUACAAAAUUAAUCACAUGAGAAUGACAAUUAACAAACUUAGGCCACCAAAGGAAGAAAAAAAGAGAAAGUGCUUGGUGAUAAGCAGGUAAAAAAGCUCUGUCUGAAAACAGCAUCCAUUUGUGGUGAGCUUGUUGUAGCCAACAUGCUAGCCAGCGAUAACAGCAUCUCCUAUCAAGCUUGAAGCUCAAACAAAACUAAUCAAACUUGUGGCCUUGACAUGACAACUUAAGUCUUAAGGUCUUUACACACUGGGCAAUAGGCUAAGCAAUGCGAAUAAGCAAUUUUUUUUUUGUAAAGUUUUAUCUUCAAUACAUUCUUGAAAAUAGGCUAUAUCUAUUUGUUUCUGAGUUAUUCUAAGUGUGGCUAAAUUAGCCUUUGAGGACACUUAGCUAGUAUCAACAACUUUCAGGAGGCUUCCUAAAGACAAAAGAGUACAUGUAGACCACAUUACCCUUCUAACUGAACUACUGAUAACAAAUUAGUUGAAAACUGGAGGGAGAUAAAGCAGCUUGCAGAGCUGCCAAGUGUCCCACUUUGAGUGUGACAGUCAUGCAUUUUGACCCAUUCUCACACCACGCACCACACUUGACCUUUCUCAUGCUUGUAUUUCCCCAUUAAAUACUCUAUAUCUAUUUUUCUCAUUAUAAUAAACUUGGCUCGCCGUAGUUCGACUAACUCUGAUUGACUGACCCAGAAAACCAAUCCCAGACCAAUCCUUCAGUCCUAUGUGCAUAAAUCUAACGAACCACGGAAGGCACCACUCAAUACAAACCAAUCAGAAGCAACAUAUGGCAGGUCCUGGUGUCUCUAACUAGCUUUUACAUAGAACAGCGCCGAACCUCUGUCAUCAAGGCAUCAAAAUCUGCCACAAACUCUUACAACACAAGACAUGUCCCCAGCUAAAUGAUGGAGAGUUGGCUGAAAUGCAAUAUUGACAAAUAAAUGUAUUUUGUUAAAAUUCUUGUUACAAAUUUCAUUUGUAAUUUCUGGUUAAUUAAGACUAGCAUUAGGAGGCCACAGCGCAGGGAGAGCAGCUGGCAUGGAGGUGAGGACAUUAGUCUUAAGGUAUAAAUCAACGUUAAAAAUGGCCAAUUUUUUUUGCCACGUGGUUGAACACACUCUUGUCUCACUCUUGUCAUUUUCUGAAACUUGGCAGCCCUGAGCUUGUAACAGCUUCAUAGUUCAAAACCCAUUUUUUUUCUGGCAGAGGCAUAAAACUUUGAGCUGACGGUUGUUCACUGCCUGUAAAAACUCAAAAUCUGCCACCAACCUGAUCUUGAAAUAUUCAUGGUGGCUGUGACUCAUCAAGUCUCUCAUUUUUGUGUAACAUUUGGGCAGCUACUCAGCUGGGUUUUUUUACAUCAGACUUUUGUGUUAUGAAAACAUGCAGAGAUUAGACUUGCCUGCAAAAAUGUUGAUCCUCUUGCAACCAAGAGGCCUGUGAACAAAACCACCACUUUUCUGCCAAGGAUGGAAAAGCUUGACACAGUCUUGCAUCAUGAUGUGAGAAUUAUAUAAAAAGCAUCAAAGAGAGCUUAUUCCUUUGACAAGCUUGUAGACAUGUAACAGUAGGAGGCGUUUUGACAGGCUACAAGAGCCGAUAUGAAACACUUUGGCCCGUUAUUUUUGAGGCUUUCUUUCCCCUUAUUACUGCACAAAGAGCUUUUUACAAUUCUGCUCUGCUUCUCAAAGGUGAAAACCAGUAGUCCAUCCUCCAUCCUUGCCACUUAAACUACUUCCUUUAUUUUUGACUUUUUAAUUUACAGUUAAUUUCUUGAAACUGCUUUUUUUUCUCAGCCCAAUCCUUCUCGCUCGCCUGCUCUCCAACUCCUGAGUCCGUUUUUUUAAUAAAGCACAGAUGCACAGAGAGAGAUCAACAUUUUCUCGGGUCUAAAAUGUCUGAACUCCUAUAUACUGUACUAACAAACAAUCCUACAGCUAUAAAUGCUGACAGUCUCACAGUAAUGCAUUUUUCCAUUUGAUUCAUAAAGUUAAUAUGUACCAGAGUCAGAUUUCAUGGUUUACUUGAAGUAUUUUCUUGAUGUCUGAAUCUUUCUUGCCUCUUCUUUAUAUAAUGAGAUCACAUCCCAGGGCUCAAACCUCAUGAGAGCAGACUGGAGAGAGGACUGCAGGGGGGAAAUGAUUCUGUUGAGGCAUGAUUUUCAAGUAUUAUUUUGUCACUAUCAUGAAUUAAAUAUUUUGUUUUAGCCGGUUUGCGGCUGCUCAUUAUGCGCUGCACAUUUGAGAUAAAAAUUACUGCUGGCUAUAUGAAAGUUUAAUUUGGUUCAUCCAGUUAAUUGCUAUGUGAUUGAUUAUAUAAUUACUCGGUAUUUGUUCCCUGGCUGCUAUAGUCACUAUAGUUGUGGCUUUAAUCCCACAUCUGUGGUAACAAUCAGCUGACCAUACUGAGAGAAAGAAGUCAUUACAGCUAUGCGUUAUAAGUUACAUGGCGCAUGCUUUGUACUUUAUCUCCAGCUUUAAAAUUUUACUGAUAUAUGCUCCGCUCCUCUGAGAUUACGCAAUGCAGAGACACGCUCCACUUUCUCUCUGUAGCCUUGAAUUCAGCAAAAGGGAAAGCUUGACAAAUACAUGCUCAGCCUUUAAAAGAAGAUGGAUCUAGAUCAGCUACAUCAAUUUUUAACCACUGCUCUCAUUAGUAAAACAUGAAAUAUGACCCUCGUAGACACAUGAAAUUUUCUGCUUAUGAUCAGUCUGCAGUGAGGGCACUGUAGUCUUGCCUGAAUCAGGUUUGCUUGCUUGAUGGUAGAUUUUUUACCUGUUCCAGCUGAAAUAACAUCCCCAAAUUUAACAAAGUCUUAGUGUGCUUCACUGAUGAGUUAAUGAUAAGCAACAGAUUUGUUAAACUGGAAUCUAGUGAUUAAUUUAAGGACUUAUCAAGCAAAGAGUGAUGUAUUACAGUAAGAAGUCUGAUUAAAGAGGUGAAGGCAUCAAAUGUAAAUUUAAAAGCUACAGCUUUGUCAAAGUUCAAAGCAUAACUAGUGUUUAUGUACGGCAGAUUAUUUUGCUCUAACAUAAAGUGAAACAUGAAGGUUCAAGGAGGGUUUUUAAAGGGAGGGACUGAAAACUAAUAUAUGCUGAGAAUCUGGUUCAAACCUAUUAGAAGUUUAGGUUGAUGUUUAAAAGAGAGGAGGACUCUUUAAACGCCUGCCAUCAAGGGCUGCUUUGAAAAAUUAGCUGAGCAGCUGAAGAAACAGCCCUGUUUCUUCAAAUUCAACAAACAAUGUUCAUAUAGGAUGAUAUAUUUGUCACGUCAGCAAGUUGAGAUGUUAUUUUAUUUUUUUGGCAGAAGACAUUACUUAUGCACGUAGAAGACAAGAUUAACAGACUACUUUGUCCACAGGAGGCGCCAUAAUUUACCAAAAGUUCAGGAGCGUUAACUCAAUGCCAUAGCACUAAACUCUUUCUUCUUUCUGCCUGAUAGGAUCCACAAAAAGGAAAAAUUAACGUAACUGAGUACAAGUAUAAACAUAAAUUCAGUCUUUAAUCCAAAUGUCUAGUCUACAAAAAAAAAAAAAACAUCUCACACGCUUCACACAGUAAACCUCUCCACAGAGUUAUGCUGCAAUCUAUAAGUAAGAGAAUAACAUGAAGUCUACUUUUAUGUGUGUAUGUUACAGAAGGUUUGUGAAAGCAAACUGGUCUGCAGGGGGCUGUAUAAGUUAGAUUUAGUGUUAGCAACCACUGAUGCACAAAUAAAGCGAUUAUUUCCUUAUAAAAAAAAGCUUUGACCUGCUCUUUAAAACACUUUCGAAAACACCACCAGUCAACCUGACUGCUGUGAUUCCCUUUUGAACCAUGCAUACUAUUCUUGGAUUUAUUCAAGUGUUUCAUAAUAUUGAAGUUCAGCUUUAAGCGUAAAUAAAUGGUGUCACAAUUAAAAGGAGUUUCUCAGGAGGUUUUGUGGUUGGAGAGGAGAUUUUGGCAACAUGAAGUGCAAUUCGUUUACUAUCAUUUUCAUCCAGAUACAAUAUCAUCAAGUCCUUUCAAUUCUGUUUAUCUUUUAUUACGUGGCUCUUUCAUUCCCCCUGGACUUCUGCAGAUUUCCCCUGUUACUAUUAGUGACUGUUAUCAGUGUGUGCCCUCUCUUCAGCAGGGGAUGUUGUCACUCUUAGGGAGUUAAAAUAGUGAUAAAGAGUCCCGAUGAGGAACUAAGAGGAUUUUAAGAUGGAUCCACUCUCUGAAGCACAUUGGGACUCUGGACAAAUAUUGAUACUGUGUGUGCAAGGAACAGGUGCAGUGGGGCUGUGAAAAUACACACCCAGUGUGUGUGUGUGGUACUGUGUGCUAAUUGCUCUCACAUUACCUAGCUACUGUAGCCAUGGCAACACAUCUUGAUCAUUGUAAAGGAGCUGAAGAAUAAUUUCAGGGAAACUGCUCGUAGUGUUUCACAUUCACCUUUUACUGCGACUGUACACGCGAGUGAUCUUGCACCCCUGAUUGGUGAUCACACCACAAAUGAGCUCACUCUAAGUUUAGUUUUCACAGAGUAAAUGAACUAACUCAUAUCCAUAAUUCAUCAUUUAAAAUUCCAUGGACCAGAAAAUGACUUGGUUGAUUUUUUUUUCCAUUUUGUUGUACCUAUUUCCUCUUAUAGCUGAGCUUCUUGUGCGUCAAUCCUUCACCCUCAAUCACUGACAUAUCCCAAACUCAGUGAAUGACUCUUAGCUUCCAAAUGAUUAUAUACAACAAAACAACAUGCAAUAAAGCUGUACAAGUCAAAACACUUUGGUUUACAUAGGAUAUAUUCUGUAUUUGUUGUGAAGAAUGUAUAUCUUGUGGAAAGGUACAAAAACUUCAAAACUGCAUUUGUUCAUAAACCCAAAGCAACUCUUUAAAUACAACCUGUUUAUAACCCUAAGAAGGUCAUUUUUUAGAAGCUUCAGAAAGCGAAAAACAGGAACAGUCAUAAAAGGGGAGCAGACUACGCACUUGAGAUCUUUUAAGCUCUUGACUUUGUGUUAUGUUAACUCAUGGCCAUACAUUCAGGAGUGCAUCUAGACUAAUAAACAACAUUUCUAGAUGAAACUCAAUUCAAUAACCUUGAGGGUGUUACAUUCAUUAUUAUCACUCAUAUUUCUUAUUUAUCGCCUGCUAAAUGCUUAAUUCUGAUUGGUCAAAAUCCUUUGUCUUGCCCGUCAGGAUUCCAUUUUGCGUUACCAAUGGCAAACUGUACUUAUAUAUGAUAGUAACAAAACAAAACAUAAGUGAAGAGCAACAUUUGGUGGCAAAAAGAAAGCAAGGAAGACUAACAGCCUGUAAGAGAAAUGGCUGAUCCUAAUUUAGAUUUUUGGGUGGCAUUUUAGGGAAGCCAAUCCAUUUUUAAAGGGUGGUCAUGCCACCUCUGGCAACCCCUUUGGACAUGCCCCUGCGCACAGCAUGUGAGCUAUGAACUUCAAGGAUGGACUAAUGAGCUGAAGAGUCUUGUUUUACCUCCUUAAAUAUAACAUAAUACCUUCUGUAAGACUUCUUUAAGGUCCUCUUUCCUCCUUGAUAAAUUUGUUUUAGUCGCUCAGUGUAAUGCCUUGUUUUUCUCUCAUUCAUUCUUUGUAUUUUCCUGUGAAGUCUGAGUCAUCAUCCUUCAGACUAAUCCUGUGUGUCUGUAUGUGUGUAUGUGUGCGUUAGUGAUACUAAUGGUCUGACCAUUAAAUCGAACCCCUGCUGUACUAUGAUGCACCGCUCAAAUGAUUCAGUCAUAAACAGUAAGUGGCUGAUAAACUGGUGAAAUGGAGCGCUCAGUUAACUGUUGUUAUCAGUCAGCUGGAGGCAGGAGCUCCAUCAGGUGGGGGAGGAUCACAGGAGCUCAGUGGAGUGAGCUGCUGAUCUGCCUGUUCAGAAACACUCAUUGGAAAAAUCAAGUUCUUUAAGAAAAAUGUUCAAAAGCAGUGACUCAAACAAAGAGGCGACCCAAGAUUUUAAACCCAUCUUAUUUGAAAACUGGCUCUAAAAUACUGCUUAAGUAGAAUCAACAACUCUCAAAGGGUUCUACAUGAGGUCAGCUACUAUACUCUUUAUACUUUUUCAAGUAUUGUGCAACAAUAUUUUGGGAGACCUCUUUAGGUGACAUAUUAACAUUCUUAUCUGAUUCAAUAUUCCCACAUGUAAGUACGGUUUAGCAUUAAAGCUUAAAAUCAUAGGGUACCUGAUGCACUUUUGUUUUUACGGAUCUUAUCCAGUAUGCCCACAACUGAUGCUGGGUCUGUGUUCCCAAAGAUGCAGAGUGUGGUUGAGGUCAGAAAUCCGUGCAGGGCACUCUUGACAUGACCAAAACAUUAUCUUUUGUUUUAAUGCAGAAGGAGAAGAAAGUAUAUCUCUAAGACCAGAAGCAUGUCUUUGUGUAUCAUUUAGUCAUAUAAUGAAGCAUGAAGAUUAAAAAAGUCAUAGAACACAAGUUCACAAAAACCAAAGUGGGAGAAUUUGACUUUAUAUGCGCAUCGAGAAAGUUUGUCCUUAAAAUAAGGCUAGAAAGCUUCAAACUCAGUGCAGCUUCUAUCAAGUAGCGGACCAGCAAAGCCAAGCUCCAGUGCUGCUUUUGCACACUGAGCAUUGCAGCUUUCUCCUGAGCUACUCACUGGAGCACCCUCAUACCUCCAGAUAUUGAUCUUUCUUGAUGGAUCACACACUGCUCAGCCAUGACCAGCCUACAAACAAGCCUGUUUUUCUGCACUUCUUGUGAAAUCUGCAGCCCAUUUAUAGAAAAAAUAAAGGGGAUACAGUUUUUAACAUUUCUAAAUCAACACAGAGGAAGUGUUUUAUUAUGAAAGGCAGGUCAGAAUCUGCUGAGCUGGAUUUAUUGUAAUCAUUUGCUCAGCGGUUCUGACAGUCUAUCUGUGUUUCUCAUUAUUUGUCAGUCGCUUUAAUUACCAACCAACAUGUUUCCCCAGACACUUAAUUUUAUGUUUAUUUUGGUAAAAUGUAAUUUAAUGUGCUUCCAGUGAGGGGAAUUUCCCAUUUUGUUGUGACAAACUUUACUUUUUUGCUAUUCAUGUAAUUUUUGAGGAACUGAUUAUUUGUGUCAACCAAAAGAAAUCCUGUUUUUAUAAAUGUUUAUUCUAAAAAAGAGGGCGUGCUAUGGGAAGGAACUAAGGAGCAUUUUUUUUAAUUUGAAAUAUACUUUUGCAUGUUUUGAUACUGUAAUAAGGGUCCAGUGAGGAACUUUAGGUUGUGUUAGUUUUGUUACCUCUUUCGGACUAGUCUUAGCCUGUCCUCUUCUUCUGUGUGCUCAAGUGGUGCCAUGGAGAAAAUUUUUCCUGUUCGUUACUUGAGUGUUUUUUUUCUUCCAAUUCUUGUCUUUUUUUUCUCUGCUGCUCAGUAGUUCGUCAUUAACUACCAAUGUCAGGAGCAAUUUUUGGCACUUUAUUAACAGGAGGUAGGGAAUAUGUAUGUAAUCUGACUGUCCCUUGCUUUUGUUAUUUAGAAACAUACUCUUGUUUCGGGGUUUUGACCAAUCAAAUCAAGUACGUAACACAGCCAGGUAUAUUAUAUAAAAGCUGGGUAAUAAACAUAACUUCUUGAGAAAUAGUUUUCUUUUUUUUCUGUCUUUUAUCUCGGACAUGUAAUCUUUUUCACGUACCUUGACAUGUUUCGGAGGAGACUUCCGCCUUCCUCAGAGGUGUCACUUGGCGGUAGGUCUGACACGUCAUAUCGGUAACCACGUUUAGCUCACAUGUGCAAAAUUUCUUGAACCGAUUAAAAAAUUGAGGGAUCGGAUAAUAUGAAUCCACUGUUUACACGGGUGCAAAAUCAAAUAAUCCGAUGACGAUGUGCGUGUGGCCUACAUUCACAAAGUUUUAUUCAGAUUAGAAGCAUUUGGACAUGCGCAGAGCUGUCUAAUUUCGCUAAAACAACCGCAGAAGAAGAGUUGUAUUUAUGCCUGUGCUGUCAUCCAACCAACUCCAUCCAAUUCAGCAGUUUCCCCCCUGUUAAGUGUUGUCACUAGAUGGCGCCCUUGCGUAAUUAUUUUACUAUUCAGCCAAAGGUUGCACUGUGCGUGCAGAUGUGACAUCAUUACGCUAUGUACGCCUUGUUAUGUUGCCGGAAGAGCAGACACGGCACCUGCGGUUGUGUUUUAUGCCGGAGUGUUUUUUAAUAAUGAAACCUCCUGUACCGGCCUCAAUAAAUAAACCAACGGCUAAAGAGUGAAGAUCGAGUCAGGUAAGAGAGUCACGAUCGGAAUAAGUGUUUACAUGGACGCGUUUCGAAAUAACAAUCGGCAUAAACCGCCCCUCUCGAUCGGAAUGCAAAUGAUUGAGCCGAAUUGGGCCACAAUCUUCCGAUCGACAUAUUUACAUGAUGCAUUUUUAUUCGAAUCGGGCAUUUAUUCCGAUUAUUUGUGCUCAUGUAAAUGCAGCUAAUGACACUUUUGAGGAAGAUGGAAGUUUCCGGCUAAAAUAUGUCAAGGUAUGUGAAAAGGAUUACAUGUCUGAGAUAAAAGGGGAAAGCAGAAAACUAUUCCUAAAACACUGCAGACAUGAUAAACAUCUUUCAAUUAUAACUUCAUGAGUCUGCUUUUACCAAACAUUAAAUCUGUUGAAAAACAUAAACUUCUCAUCUCCUGUCGAGAUUUCAGUGCUUAUACAAACAUGAAACCACUUCAUCUCAACAUCUCUGUUAAUCAUCAGAAGUUGUCAGGUUGUCUGGUAUAGAGGCAAACUGCAUCCUGAAAUAGCUUUUCACACUUUGCUCACUCAAUCCUACACAAUCUGUAUUUAGAUGUAGAUGAAGUCAACAGAAGACUUUUUGAUACCAUUAAGAAAGUACAGUACAGACCUAACUUUAGGUGCUUUUUUUUACCAUACUAAAUCAGCCAUUUGUGUACAUCUAACGUCCUCCUCCAUAAUUUAUCCGUCCCACUGCAGAGGCUGAGAUGUAAUAAUGUCACAUGUUUAGUUUAUAGCUACUAAUAAAUCAAGUGAUUCUAAGUAAUCCAUUCAAAUAGAUAAACGUGCAGCUCAGAUACUGCUCACUUUUCUUUUCUCUGGUUUCCUGGAUGGUGGUUCAUGGUCUCUUUUGUUUAAUUAAUAGAAUACAGUGAGCAGAGAUACAUAUCAGUGUGUUUACAUGCAUAAAUUUGCCACACCACAUCACUUAAUAUAUGUAGUCCCCUCGAGCCCCUCCACCGGGUUAAAUUGAUGACGCCAAUUGUUUAAGUAGUGCUGCAGUUUCUCUUCAUUCAGCUGUAUUCCUUUAUCCUCAGGGUGGCCACCCUAAAUUAGUAAAUGGAUCACAGCACCAAGUGAAGCAAUUUAUUUGGCCCGUGAAGAUGUCUUUAUUCUGUUUGUCGGUCCAGGUGGGAAUAUAGAUAAAGAGACUAACGUGGGUUAUUAUCAGCUGCUUAGAAGACAGUGAUUCACAUGGUCUGUCAGAGCCAAAGACAAAUGAGCUUUUUGGUACCAGGAAAAACCGGCAACAUCCUAAAGAAGGAUAGGUCUGAUAGACUGAUUGAACUGUUGAAGUUACUAUGCCUGAACGGGUGGGAACAGCUGGUGAAGUCAAGUACCAACUUAACUACAGGACACUAUAUGCCAUACCAUAUAUAUUGUACUAUAUCGCAUCCUUUCCCAACAUAUUUUGUUUUAUCAUACUGUACUGUGUUGUAUUUAAUCAUUUCAUUUUAUAUCAUAUUGUGUUGUAUUGUAUUGUAUCAUAUCAUCUUGUGCGUGUCACAUAUUGCAAGCAACCCCACAAUAUUAAUAAGAGGCUCAAUGAUGCACAGGUGGCCCAGACUAGACAUGGCUUUGACCUGUUCAGUCUGUAAUGUAUUAGAUUUCUUAUUGGCAUAAAUAAAAGCUUUUGUAAAAUAUAAUUAACUAAAGGGAAGCCAAGCGAAAAUUGUAUCUAAUCAGACAAGUAUGCAAUGAGUUACAUUCAAGUCAACCAUUUCCGGAGGCAAACGUUUUUUUUUUUUCUUCCACUUAGUCUUAUUGGCCAUUAUAUUUAAACAAAAAAAUAAUAAUUUAAAAGGCCCAUUAAUAUUUUAGAGGUCAGGAUGACAUACAUUUUAUGGUCGACAUCUUUCUUGAUAAAAGACGUGAGUGUAAAAUUAUAUUUGACAAUUAUUCAUCGACUUCUACUGGAAUAAACUGACCCAGAAAAUUUUAGCACUUCUCAUAAAUUGGCCAUGGACUGAGAAAAAAAAAAAAACCCAGAUCAUCACAAACUAGGAAAAAUCAUGAUACAUUCAUUGUUUCCAGGGAAAGUGUUCCACUUUUUCCCCUUUUCAGAUCAAAUUGUUCUGCUCUGCUUUAAGUCCUGUUGUUUCAGUCCUUUGUGCCAUGUUGGAGCGCGAUCUGUGCAGCCGGUUUGGAGACUGUUUGGAUGAAGAGAAAUCAGAUGUGACAGACGAAAAAGGUCACGAGCUAUACUCCAGACAAGCAAAUGUUGCUGUUCUCUCCAAAAAAGCUUGAUAAACUCAAUCCCUGGUGCUGUUUGAGUGGAGAUAAGAGAGGCAAACUGUGCACAGUGGCCUGCUGGGGACUACUGCGACUCAUGACCAAAGAGAAAGUUUGAUCACGAGUAAAAACCUGAGAGACUAACACUAAUGAGGUGUGACUCGGUCAUGGAGAAUGAGGCUCUGUUCUUCUUUCUCUCUAGUUUUCUCUUUUUUCCAGACAAACUCAUGAUGGAUAAAUUUAUAUGCACUAAGGGACACAACUCUUCAGUCCACUCCAUCUCCAUCCUGGAUUUUUGUUCUCUUUAUAUUGUAUUAAAGGUUUAUUUAGCUACAUUUCUGCUCCCGAUUCCUGAGGAUAUUUCUGUUCAAAAAUGAGAAGCAGUAGGGUGAAGUCGUCUUUAAGCCUCUAAAGGCUUCAGAGGCAAAGCAAAAGGCAACACAGUGUCACACAGUAAGCUCCAGUAAGCUUUUCUUUGUCCUCUUUCACCUUCAGCAUCUGUACUGGAAUGUUUUCCCUCAAAUAUGAUCCAUUAUUGAUGGGGGAAUUCAGCAUGAAGGAGGCUGUCAGGGUGCUUUUUUCAUCGUUGCAUGAACAGGGGAACCUUGUCCAGGAGACAAAAUAUAAGAGUGUGUGAGAGUAUGUGGUACAUUGAUUUUUUUUUAGUCUGUGUGUGAAUAAGAGAAAGACAGGGGAAAACUGGGUGAAAAAAGAGGCAUUGCAACAGUUUAUCUGGAGUUAAAUGUAAUAAAAAUGAAAAAAGGAGAAGCGGAAGCUGAGUCAGAGGGCAGUUUACAGCUGAGUCGAGUAAAAAAGAUGAUCACUGAGAGUUAGGACUAUUUUCUUUCUCUCUACGGUGCUUUACAACCCUCUUCUUGUUCCCCUUGACAACAAAAGUGAAUCCCAGGUUGAUAUUUUGUGCUGUAAAAAAUGACAGAGAGUUGCAAAACAGGUGCAGAGACAGACAGACAAAAAAAAAAGUUGUCAAAUGUUGUACUUGUUUACUCGUUGCUUGUUUUAAUUCAUUGUCUCUCUGUUUCAGUUUUUCACAGACCCGUGUGCUAGCAGCCCCUGUCUCCAUGGAAACUGUAGCCAGAUUGACAGUGAGGAGGAGGGGGAACCGGCCUAUACAUGUGAGUGCACUGAGGGCUACGAGGGGGAAAGGUGCGAUCAGAUCUUAUUGGACUUGCCAGCUGCUGACUGGGACCCUGCCACCCCCUCUGCUCCUGAACUCGCCACCCCCGCCGCCUCCACAACUACAGUCGCCACUCAACCGCCACAACCAACCACCGUCGCCUCCACCACAACACCUGCACCUCCCACCUUGCAGCCAUGGCAACCCAAAGCUGGGCAGAGGAUGCUUGUGGUGCAAUGGGAGGCAGACAGGGUGAGAUAACAUGCACUCCAAAUUUAAACUCCUUCGAGGCUUUAUCUUUAAGAUGUGUAAAGAAAAACAUUUGUGUGUGUCUGUGUAUUUGUGUAUGUGUGUUUCAGGUGAUAGAGGGUCUACACUGUGUGAGCCCUGAGCUGUGUGAGCUGACAUCAGGCACUCUGACUUUAUCUCUGGAGGUGCCUGAGGAGACGGCUGUAAAGUAAGAGCAACAUUAAGUAUUUCACAUGACUAACUGCACUGAGAGCAGGGCCGCAUGGACCAGAUACUUUGCCUCAUGUCCAUUCUAUUGUCAUUGAUAAAAAGUAGUUAUAGUUUGCAUUGAUGAUUGUUGUUUAAGAUUUUGGAAUAAGUUUACCAUGUGUAAGUGAAUUUGUAUAAAUAUCAUUGAUUUCACUUAGGUAGGGGGCCGGUUUAAAUUAGUGGUUAAAUUCUGCUCUCCGUGUGCUGAUGCUGUCCUCAAAGUAGUCUGUUCUGGCUUGAUUUCAACCUGCAUGUCGUUCCCUACUUUCUGUCCUGGUGUCAUAUUAUAUUUACUUCCCCAUCCUCUCAGUAAAUGUAUGAACCCAAAAAAAUAAACCUCUAAAAGGAAAAAAAAUACUGAGGAGGAAAAGUCAUGUAAGUUUAAUGUAUUUAUUAUUGGUGCCUGGCCUCAGAAAAUGUGCAAUUAAACAAAUGAACAUUAAUCAGUUUUAACACAGUUGCUUUUAAUUGUCCAUUUUGUCAUUUUGGUGGUAGAAUCUUGUAUCAACUAAAUAUUCCAUCAGUCCAUCACCUUAUGUGACUCAAGUCUAUAAACCUAUAAUAUUUCAGAUUGGUAUGAGUUAAAGGAAGCAUUUUCAAGUAAACAGUUUGUUGGUAAAUAUACUGGGUCACUUGAAUUUGACUGAUUUAAAAUUUCUAUGAAAAGUCUUGUACUAUUUGCUCACAAUAUUAUGGUGUGUAUAUAUUUGAUGUUUCAAAUUAGCAAAAUGAUCAAUUUAUGAUACAUAAUUUACUUAAAUAUAGACUAAAGUAAGGGGAGGAGGGGUCCAAUCAGGUAUGUUACAAGUGUAUUUGUUGAUGAACUCUGAAUGUGAUGCAGUGAUUUUAAUGGAUAUUCUGGUGUAAAUUAAUUUAGGGUCAACAUAUCCCAAAACCGAGUUAGACACCCCCCCGGGUCCCAGCCAUAGUACUAGCAACCAAACAUCUUUUUAGCUUUGCUUAAUUUCUUUAGCAAAGAGACUAAACACAACUCACCUACUCUCUUCCAGCAGCCGCUUGUUUGUAGCGAGACCUCAGGCCAAUCCAUUACAGACUGCUGCGGGGUGACGCAGCUCAAGGAAGAACAUUUAAGAUCAUUUCUUCAUGGAAAAGCGAUCCGACCGAGACGCUAAGGCAGAAGAACUACCGCGUCUGCAGUGCAAAAUUAUUCAUAUGGUGAUUAUUACUUCAAGUAAAUGAUAAAGAAAUGAUGACUCGGUGUUACGGUGUGUUUGACCCUAAAUUAAUUUUAUGCCAGAAUAUCCCUUUAAAGCUUGAUGUUACAUGAGGACAUGAACUCUCAGAUCUUCACCCAAAAAGCUGCAUUCAUUAUUGUAAUCCACUCUCCUUUUUGGAUCCCAAUUAUACAGACAACACAACAAAGCAACACAGCAUGCUGUACAGUGGUAUAAUGUCCACAUUAAAAAAAACCUAAAACUAAACCACAGCAUUUUAUCUGCUUAGUAAACGUAAAGCAUCUUUGGCUGAUUUCACAAAACAGCUUGCAUCUUUUGUAACUUAUAGCUUUCUAUUUGAGUGUCUCGGUGACCCAUCUUUGGGACUCAAAACAAUCAUUUACCUGUGCUGCACCGCUCCAGGUGUGCUCCAACUUUUAUGAGCAUGUUGCUCAUAAACAGAAUUACAAAGAGAGUCUAAAAAAAGGUCUAUGAAUUAUGCAGAGGUGAUGGUCAAGGUGAUCAUCUCAUGCCCUUGAUGUUGCCCCUCAUUAUUGAUGGCAGGCACGACUCGGGGCCCACAAUUGCAGACUGGGAGCUGCGACUUAAUCAACUGCUGCUGCUUUGUUUUCAUACUGUAUAAUUAUACCUGAACACACUCCCAGUGAAGGACUCUUAUAUACAAACACGUGCAGCACUGUGAAAUGAAGCAGUGAACCAACAGUGACAUCGAUUUAGAGGGGCUGAUGAUCCUGUAAUGAUAGUCAUGUCUCAGAGAGGGAGAGAGCAAGGGGGAGAGAGGGGAGGAAGAGAGGGCAAGAUGUAGAGAGAAGGAGGGAGAGGAAGAGGACAGAUACAGAGAAGGAGAUAACACUGCAGGUACAAUACAAGCACAAGCAUGCCUUCAAACAAUACCAACAGUGUCUCUACAUAUUACUCAACAGAAUACUCCUGUAUGAUACUUAUAUAGUAACCUACUGGAUUUGGCUUCCUGUGGACAACAGUGGCUGCCGUCAGUAACAUAUUUGCUGCCAAAUAGCUACCCUGUUUUCAAAAUAGUUAGAUCAAUGUGCCAAAUGGUUCCCAAUCACAAAUACUUAAAAUUCUGCUUAUUUCAAAAUAGUAUUGUUUUGUUUUACAAUAAAUAUCUGCCCAUUUUGAAUUCGAUCAUAUUUCAAUUCAGUCGGGGCGGGUUCAUGUUUAACAUGGUGUUUGGCCGCACGUCCAGAGAGUCAUCAGCAGUUUAGGCUCAUGUUUAUACAUGGUGUCCUCUUUGCAUGGUGAAGUUAUAACCUGCUUUCUGUGCAGAACUGUCCCUCUGUUAUCAGCCUUAUGCCUUUUGUUCAGAGACUUCUCCAGAUUUCCACAGAUUCUAAAUACUUUACCCUAGAUGAUGAAAUCUCACCGUUCUUUACGAACUUAGCUAAAGGAACAUUAUAAUCCUAGAACUGUUGAACUACUUGCUCAUCCAGUGGUGAACAUCUCCUUACCUUUUCUUCAGGGAGACUCAGCCUCUCAGGAGUGCCUUUUUCAUGUCCAGUCUCUAACCUGUUGCAAACAUAGUUAACAGAUGUUCUUACCAGAUGUUUAUUGAGCAUAACACUUUCCUUGUGUUCUGUUGUCUCUGUCCUGUCUGUACUGUUUGGAUUGGAUUUGAAAUGAAAUGAACUGCUACUCUCACUUUAGUUGUUCAGUUAAAUAAAAAUAUUAUAUGAAUCCCUCUGCCUGUAAAACAGAUACAAAACAUAGAAAAUCAACACAGUUUAAUCAAAUGCAUAGUGUUUUUCCAAAGCUUGAACCAGGAGCAGCUUUUCACUAGCAUAGCAGAGGUAAUCAACAAAAGAAAACCCUCAUUUGGUUCCUAGUAGCCCUAUUUUUACAACUUUCAGCACUUACCUCUGUCACGGCUUACAGCUUCAGGCUCAGUUGACCUCCUGCGUCAACAAUUGAAGAGAGCCAUGGCCCAAAAUACCUGCUUUAAUAUCUGUAGUUGUGCUCUGCAGGCAUUUUCUAAAGUUAGCUUAUGCAAGAGGUGUUUACAAGUUUUCUUAUGGCUCCAGAUCAUAUCUUUUAAAAAUCCAAGCGGAUACAAACAGUUCUUUUAUAAUAAAACUGAUGCAGAGGAGCUAAUAUUUUUUGUAACCUUUAUUCAUUAAGAAGUAGUACUAAUAUGUGGAGAAAACAGGGCUGAGAGAAUAAUUAUUGCUGCUUGUUUUUGUUGAUAUUAGAGUGACUAUAUCAGGUGAGGGGCUGAGGCCACAAUGAUGCUGAGACACAUUUAACCAGUGAGGAGCCUUAUUAGAGGUGUUCAGUGUCUUCUUGGCCUGAUCGACAAAUUUCACUCCAUCAUCCUGUUUCUCCUUCUUGAGAACUCAGCGUGGUUCCUCAGCUCGGCUCUGGUGUUUGCUGUCUCCUCAGCAGGAAAGAAACUGUGGGGGCUUGAUGUCCUGGCAGGAAGUAUGGUCAAACAUAGUUGUUCUCAACCUGCGCAGCGAGAGACCGACUGCUCUGCUCAGAUGUAUACAGAUGCAGUUACGAUAGGACACCCUAGCGGCUCAUCUGUCAUCCUGAAGUGAACACCCCCGGAGGGCAGAUGUAGCUCAGAGACAGUUGUCUCUCAACUGGUGGGUUGGGGUUCUAAUCCCAGACAAGCCCCUUAUCACAAAAUGUCCCCUGGUGGCUGUGUAUGAAGGGGAAUAGUAGAUACAUGUGGGGUGAAUGAGUGAAUACGAGAUGCAAGGUUAAAGCAAUCUGAUCAGUCAGUAAAUUAGAGAAACAACUAAACAAUCUGAUAAAAAUAAUAGUUAAAAUUUUUCCUCCUAGAUCCCGAGACCAUCCCUUACAACACUGGUUGUGUUUCACAACUUUGAUCACAAAGGUCAGAGUGUUUCAGCAGAAGUUUGACCCCUGGCGGCUGUACUCAGCAGACCAGAUGAUGAAGUAACAAACUAGAAGACUUGUCUGAAAUCUUAAACCACACUCAGGACGCUGCUGGCCACCAUGAGUUGAGACAAUAGUGCGCUAAGCCUCUUAUGUUGGAUGGAAUACAGCAGUUAUCUGAUCCUUCCUCUGGAUUAUGUAGAUUUCUUUUCUGUUGUGUCUGUGGAUGUACUGAACAAUUAGGGUGGGGAGAUAAAUUGUACAUUUUUUAUUUUUCCUCUUGAGAAGUCCAUAAUUUGAAGUGAGACAAAUGCAAAUCUGAAAGGCCAGAAAAUGCAGCAGAAAGCUGUCACCAAUUAAAAUCUGUUUUUUUUCUUCCUUUGCGACAUGCGAGUACUCGUGCUCUGGGGGCGCGCUGAAUCCAAAGCCCACAGUAAUCAGAUUCUUUGUCUAAUUCUCCUCCUUCUUUAUCUCCUCACCCUUCAUCCCUCCUGUCAACCUUUUGUCUCUCUAAUUAGGGUGGUGGUGAAUGCCAGUGGAGCUCCAGUGCUGUGGCGUGUGAAUGAGGAGGGUUAUCUGCGCUCCUCCAUACUGAAUGGCACGACGAUGUGGUUCCUGCAGGCUGACGAUGGACUGGUGGUGACAGACCGCUUGCUGCCUCUGGGACAGAACUACUUCUUGAGUAAGCUGACAAAUCAAGUCCCUACUGAGUCACUUUGAAUUGAUUGUUAAGACCGUAGACUGUGUAUAGAAUGGACGCCGUCUGCCUCCUCGCUGGGUGAAGCCACCCCGAAAACACCACCCUCUGGUGACAGGCUGCAGUAUAGGUCAUACAUAGAAGUAAAGGUCAUAGAAAUUUAUUAUGCAGAAUAUAAUUUUUUCUCCCCCCUGGUUGCGAUGUUGACAUGUAGUUAUUGCAGUGGUUCUCAAGUCCAGUCCUUGAGCCCCCCUCCUGUCCUGCAUGUUUUGGAUGUUUCCCUGCUCCAACACACCUGAUUCAAAUGAUCAGCUCGUUAUCAAGCCAUUCCAGAGCUUGAUAACGAGCUGAUCAUUUGAAUCAGGUGUGUUCACCUGAUUCAAGCUGUUGGGUGAAGUCCUUCACAUACAUGGAAGUUAGUCACAGAAGCAAAAAGUGUAACUAUAAAACGCUAGAGCCAACAAGACACACCUGAGUGUGUACAGCUUCUACUGUUGUACUCGUCAAGCCUCUUGCUCUUCCACAACACUGUAAUGCGAUGUAAAUCCACACACCAGGACUUCAAUGUCAUGCGUCCUGUUGGUUGAAUGUAAAAGAAUAAAGGGGCAGUGACAGUGGAGCUUCACUUUGGUACAGGGAUGGAAUCUGAAUGAACUACUUUUACACCUUUCCUUCAAAGGCUGAAGUCACAGGGCUUUCACAAUAAGGUGAAGUUUUCACACUAUCACGCCAGAAUAGGAAGUAUAGUGACAGCGGUGUAACAAAGAUAAAAAGGUGUUUCUGAAAAACAUCAGAGCUGGCAGGAUGAACAGUGUUGUGUGUGUGUUUGUCAUUUCAGGGCUUGACACUAACUUUUUUCACAAGGAGCACAUAUACUUCGGAGUUGAAAAAGUAAGGAGCACACAAAGAACUUUCGGAGCACAGUGAAAAUUGAUCAAAUAAUGUGUGUCUUCUUGUCCACCCUUAGUACUAUUAUUCAAAAUCAAUUUUAGGCCAAUUGGUCACAUGACAUGGAAGCUAUUGAAGGAAAACAGCCUUUUUCUCAGAACAUCAACCGGUAAUUUAUUGAUGGUCCCUUAUUCAACACCCAACGAUGACAGGGAGGAUGCCAAGUAGAUUUAACCCUGCUGCUGUUGCUAUUCCCGGCUAUGGAGAGUGAGAAGACACCAGUAGAUCCGCAGUGAAUGUCUGUCGAAUAUCCAACCUAAAACUAACUUCACCGCGGUAUUUACAUGAAAAAACAUUUGUUACCUCGGCUAAUUUUUUUAUGCGCUCAUGUACCCCUGAAUACAUUUCACACACAUCUAUGUCUACAUGUUUUCAUGUCUAAAACUUGCAUAAGGCGCUGACUAGAGAACAAAUACUAGAAAAUAGAUCAUUAACAAGGAUGUUUACUAGAUUUCAAUGUUGUUUCAUUUAGUCAUUCAAAUCUCCAUCUUAAUAAGAUGUCAGGUGAGAAAAUGUAUUGCUUUUUGAUGAUUUUCAUUUCUCUGUACUCUAAGUUAUUUGAAUUGUGUUAAUGUUCAUCAAACAAGCCUAAAUAAGUUUAAUAAGUGAAGACCCUCCUAAAACCUUUUAUAGAACUGAUCCAACACAACCAGAGGAUUACUGAGUUUACAUAUAUCUUAUUUUACAGAGUUAAUCCUGGUGUGUCUUUAGGGAGAAUCACAUAAUAUUUGCAUAUAUGCGUCAGAAAUUAGCAUUUGCAUAUUAGCAAAAAAAAGAUAUUUAUGAUGAUCUCCCAUCUGCUGAACCUCACACACGUUUAGUGAAAGAUACACAGUCAUGCUCAGAAUGCGGUCUGGGCUGAGGUGGUCUCUGAAGGGAGGAGGGGGAGAGAAGGGGUAAUUGUGGUCUCACCCUUUGACUGACAGGUUGUCUGACCUCUGUGUGUGCUCAACAUGCCUGAUGCUGUUUCAUCCUGCCGCCUCUCUGUUCACCUUGAUGUGUCUGCUAACUGUGGCAGCGCAGCCUUCGCUUCGCCUGAGAGAGAAAGGGAGACAGGACGGGAGGUGACAUUGGAGAGUUAGAAAUAAGGGUAAGAAGAAUAAUGGAGGGAGGGAGACUCAGAUAAGUAGGGAGUAAAACUGUGAAGAAGAAAUGAAACGUAGAAAAGGAGAAGUGAAGCAGGACGAGGGAAUAGUGAAGGUGAAACAGCGAGAGGAGGAAAGGAGUUAGCGAAGAAGGAAUGAAAGGGAGCAGUGACUCUGCAGGUUCAACACAUGAUGUCACUGGACGGAUGAUCACCUGGUCAGGGGUAACGGAGAAGCAGGAGUUGUUUUAUUAAGCCCUCUGGUUGGCUGAGGGGAGCGCGUCGUCACUGUUGCGUCAUAAGUGGACUGGCAGCUCAUUGGCUCGUAUCAGCCUCUAAAAAAUGGCAACUGAUCUUCACUAUGAAGCUAUUUUUAUCCAAGGGCUCGUGGAGCUGUCGGUUUUGAUUGAAGACAUGAUGAGAGGUGUUGUGAACUUAAAGAUCCUCAGAGACAAGACUGGGAGACUGGUACUAUUUUUAGACACGAGGAAGAGCUGCUCCUGCCAGGGCUUUUCUUAACAUUUUUAGAUAAGGCUUAAUUGUUUUUUGAUUGUAUUAAAACUUCCAGAUAACCACAUACACUCAUAGCAAGCCAUUACUUGACAGCACUAGCUUAAUGGGAACUAAGUGCUCCCACUGAAAAUACAUAUAUAAGGAUGUUAGUAUAUUAACAUGCUUGCUUUUGACUCUCAGCUCUGAUUAGGAGGAUUGGUCGAAGUCUUGUUAAGUGACAUAUGACGAUAAAUAUACUAGCUUCUCCUCAUCUGAUUAAUUUGCACAUCUUCAAGUCGCCUCUCCUCAUCUGACUCCUCAUCUUCCCAUCCUUUAAUUGUGCCUGGAGGAAACAAGGAUCAAAGAAAGAGGGGCUUAGCGCCUACGUGAAACUGCAGCCUGCCUUAUCUAAUUAUUUCUUUAUGUAUUUUCAUGAAUCUCUCAUGAUGCUGAGGAAUGUGUAACAGUUUUAACACUGUGACCGAGGUAUUAAAUACACAUCAUAACUAUAUACAGGAUAUUUCAAUCAGAAAAUGUGGCGACAUCAUGUAAAUCAGUUGUUUGUUUUUUUAUUUUUGCAAAUGAAAUAAGAAGCCACUGGAAUCAUACCAAGUAAUUCUGGUGUUCAUAUAUAAGAAAUUUUUAAAUGGAUGUUAAAUGGUUUGAAAUAUUAAUCAAAGUACUGCUACAAAUGAUCAGCCAUGUUUUUCAUGUACGUGUGGAAUAUAUGGAAAAUUUCCAGUGAGAGAUUCCCCAGACAUUUGUAUUAGGGAUGGGAAUUGAUAAGAUUUUAUCGAUAUCGAUGCCAUUAUCGAUUCUGCUCAUCAAUCGAUUCAAUUCCUUCAUGAUUCCCUUAUCAAUGCCUCUCUUUGAUUAAAGAAAAAGCAGACCAUAGGUUUUCACCAUUUACUCAAAAUAACAGAAAAGAUGUAUGCCACCUUCAGUGAGAGUCUAAAAACAUAAACAACAAACGAUUUGUACAGCAUUUACUUGGUCGGUAUUAAGUUAAGAUGACCUCAUCUUCUGUGACAGGUGUGCUGCACGUUGGCGCCCCCACAGCCCCGGAGGUCACCCUGCGUCUCAACCUGACAGUGAAGGCCAGCAGCUGCGUGGAGCCUGGCAGCAGCUUCAGUGACCCACAGUGCUCCGGGAAAGGGAAAUGUAUCACGCAGCCAUCUGAGGUGAGACAAAACAUAUAUCUCUGCACUUGGGCAUUUUAGAGUUGGUGAAGUUGGAGGAGAAAGAUGGAAUGGCAGUGAAUGGAACAAAAACAGUUCAGAGCAUCAUAAUAUAAUGUCAGAAUUUACUGCAAUGUAAAAAUAACAAGCGCUUUUACAUCUAAAUAAUUCAGACGUACACUAGAAGUAAGCAUAUGUGGCCCCCUAUUUACCCCUGAGAUCCAUAAAUCUGUAGGAACCAUUAGAUGGUUCUCUUUCUUAAACCAGUUUUCUCUCCACGGUUCAGAAAAUGAAACCAUGUCACCGCUGCUGCUCAGUAUUGCAUUGUUAUUCUUCAGAAUUGUUUCACAGUCUGCAAUCUCAUUAUUUCUGUUUCACAAGUUCCCCCCCCCCUUCUCAUCCAUGUCUCCCAUUGCUUCACCUUCAGGGUUCACUGACUUAAUGUGUGAAAUUCGUGUGUAACGGGUGUGUAUUUUUACGUGCGUGCGUGUUUUUGCAGAGCACUUUCUUUUGUGAGUGCGAGGACGGCUACACUGGAAUCUUUUGUGAGGAGUUCGAUGCGUGCCACCACAGACCUUGUCACAACAAUGGCACCUGCGCUGAUGUCCGACAGGGGGGAGAGGGACGCAACUUCACGUGUACCUGCCCUUCAGGUGCGUCCUUGAGUGUGUGUGUGAUGCUCUGUAAACAGAAUUAGACUCGGCCUGAAAGUGUGGUCUCGGUUAAUUUGAUUUCAGUCUUGUAGAUGUAGAAUCUAGGAUUCUCUGUCUUUGUUUCGAAAAAAAAUAAAAGAGCUCUGAACAAGAACAAAAGGACCAGGAGGGAAUUGAACCUCUGAUCCUGUCAGAUUUAUUUAAGGACAGCGAUGUGAAGCGAGAGCCUGUGGUGGAAAGGUAAAUGUCGGAGGUGACCAUUGAUUGUCUGUCACUAACUUUUAAGGACUUCAGCUAACAAGCCCUGUGUGUGUGCAGCUGAUACAAAACAGCACUGACAAAAAAGUCUAUCCAGGCUGCCCAAGUCAGUGCAUUUUGGAAGUAACGGAUUCUGUCUUAUUGGCUUCUACACUUCAUGAUGCAACUCUUCUCUCAGAAUAGGCAAAAGAAAACUUCAUACAAACACGUUAUAACACAGCUUUUUAUCAUUUAAAACUUUAAUACAUGAUCGAAGACAUUAAAAAUCAAGUAAACUAAGCAGAGCAGGGCAAACAAUACUGUAACUGUUUUCACCAGCAGGUUGGCUAAUGAUAUUUGACUUUGUUUUGCUGCCCUUCUUUAGCAUAUCAGUUUCACUUGCAUUUGACCAAAUGAGAAAUCCUUGCUGACUGUUUUUUUUUUUUGCUGAUUUCUCAUCCGCCCUCAAUAUUAUUCAAGCAGAUUGUCCAUGAAGCCGGGCAGUAUGGAAGUCAAUCAUGUCUCCAUUACAUGGAUUCAUGACUUUCUUACUGACUGACAACAGUUUGUUAGUAUUCAUGGAAGAAAGCUUUAAAGGGAAAUUCUGGUGUAAAAUUAAUUUAGGGUCAAACACAUUGUAACACCGAGUUAGACACCCCCUCAAUAGAUGAAGUUUGCGACUGCUUGCCUCUCUAGUUAUACCAACUUUAGUAAUGACCGCAGGAUAGAUCAUUUCUUCAUGGAAAAGCAAUCAGACUGGGAUGCUAAGACAGAAGAACUACCGCGUCUGCAGUGAAAAAUGAUAAAUAUGGUGAUUAUUACUUCAAGGAAAUGAUAAAGUAAUGAUCAUAAAUGUUCUUCCUUGAGCUGUGUCACCCCACUGUUGUCUGUAAUGGACUGGCUACAAACAAGCGGCUGCUGGAAGAGAGUAGGUCAGUUGCGUUUAAUGUCUUUGCUAAAGAAAUUAGGUAAAGCUAAAAAGAUGUUUGGUGGCUAGUGCUGUGGCUAGGACCCUAUAUGUACUGUUGAUGUAGUUAGGUGCUGUUCUGAUCAUUAUUUGUGGCUAUAGAGUGGCGUUUUGGUUGAGCUUUGUUGAUGACUCCUCAGACUUGGGAAAGUUGGGAUAACUAGAGAAAGAAGCAGUCGGCAACAUUCAUCUCUCGAGGGGGUGUCUAACUUGGUUUUGUGAUGUGUCUGACCCUAAAUUAAUUUUUCGCCGGAAUAUCCCUUUAAAUUACCAGCUCUCACACUGGGGGACAAUGCAGGGUUCUCUUUCCUGUGUUGUUUACAGUGUAAACCAGUGACUGUGUCAUUCAUCAAGAUAGCUGCACUAUGAUUCCAUUUACAGAUGACGGUGCUCAGAUUGACCUUUGAAAUGUCAGUGAGAUAAGUUACAGAACUGAGAUAAACCACUUCUACAACUGGUGUCUGGACCAUUUAUUGAUUUUAAACACAAAGGACACUGAAGAAAUGUUUUUUGUAUUGAAAGAGAAACUUGUCCCCGUCUCCUAUAAUCAACAAUUCAGCAAUUGAAAUUGUGCUGUAUAAGUAUUUUGGGCAUUAUUGAUAACAAGUCGACAAGGAAUCCUAACAGGAGGCCCAACAGUGCCCUUACUUUUUAAGGAAACUUUAAUUAUCAUGUUAAAGUCAUUUUUUGAUAAGAGCUUCAUUUUGUUUUUAAUGUAGGGAGAAGCGUAACCUGUACAAAACAGAAUUAAGUUGUCAAACUAGGUAGCAAGAUAACUGGGAAACAAAUGUGCAGCAUCUAUUUCCUCACAGACCAGUAAACAUUGAAUUUGGCCGAAAAACUCACAUAAUAGCGCUCUAGUGGGGAACUUUUUUCUGAUGAUUUUAUUUCAGGUUUGUUAUGUGUUGUCAUCUAUGGCCUUUAAUAUCUUUGCUUCUAAUGUGUUUUUAUCGCUCCUGGUGCAAAACAAACCCCCUCAGGGAGAUAAAGGUUUCAUCCAUUCAUUCAUUCAUUCAUUUAUGCGUUGCACACCACAUGUUUUUCAGGUUAUGAAGGAGAGCGCUGCCAGCUGCUGGUGGACCACUGCGUCUCUCAGCCCUGCAAGAACGGAGCCACCUGUUUCAGCAGCCUGGCCGGGCCCCGGUGCUACUGUCCUGAAGGUAAGAAAUCUGUGUUUGUUUGUGUGAGUCAGAGAGAAAAUGAAAUAGUACAGUGUUAUAUGUUUUUUUUUUCCAGUUACAUGAACCACAGCAAGGUCAUUUCAAGUGGGUUAACACAAACACCUGUGUUAUAAAAUUAUUUCACAGUUUGUAAAGGAAAAAAUAUUGACUGAAAAGUGUGAAUCUGGCGUUGGAUUCCUCUGUCUGAUUCCAGUUUUUGUACACUCUGUCCGCUCUAACUUUAACAGUAUCUGUGCCACAGAGAUGCCUAAUUUAAACCUUCCUCCUCUAGUCUAAUUAGUCUUCAUAGCCUCCAUGACCUGCAUCAGACUCUCAAAGGAGAUCCAUGACCGCAAAAACUACUGCCGAAGCAGCACUUCCUAAUAAAAGUGCUGAAGUUUGGGAUGAAUGUUCACCCUGUAUCAGCAGCACAGUGUUCACAGAGCAUGUUUGCACACAUACACAUGAAAAUACAGGGAAAACAAAAGCAAACAACAAACCUCAUUAAAUAAAUAGAAAUCAGCAGAUGGACUAAAACCUGAAGGAAAGCCUGUUUAUAUUGUUUUUGGUAAAGCUGCCAGCAGUAGGUUCAAACUGAAACCAGGGGAGGCGUCUCUCACACUGACUGUGCCGUUUAUCUGCAGCAGCUGAAAACAAGGUCUCCAACGAGGAAAGGAAUUCAUAAUCCAACACUUGUGUUUUUAUUUUCAUUAAAUGAGAGAGGAGAGGUGAGAGCAGCUGUGAGAGCCCUGCCAGCACCUCUUAAUUAGAGAGAUUUUGUGGAGAGGCUGCUUUUACAAAUUUCAGCAGCUUAUUAGAUAAUCCUCAGUCUGAGGGAACUCUGACUUGAAGACAGAUUACUUCUUUGUGUGUGUGUGUGUGUUUGUUUGAGUGUGUGUGUGUGUGUUUGUGUGCAUGUGCGCUUUCCUAACUAUCCAAGAGGGGGACUUGGCGUUGUAACACUUUCACCAAGAGGGGACCGCAUAGCCAACAGGGGACAUUUUUUAGGUCCCCUCCUGGUCAUGCUUUAAAUCAUGCUAAAACACACCCUGGUGAAGUUUUUUAAUUUUAGUCAAGUGGGGACCUGAAGGGGUAUGAAUGUUUAAGUCCAGGUUUCAGGUUUCAGGUUUUAGGAGUGUGAAUCAGCUGCUGAAAUGCACUUCCUUUAGAUUACUCUUUAGCUGCCUUAUUUUAGAAAAUUACAGAUCUUUUCAAGGAAAACACCCACCAACUACCAACUAACCAUGAACUAAUGCAUACAUGACAUUUUGACUUGUGUAGCACAGAUGAAGAUAAAUCAUAUUAAUUGAUUAAAAUCAUUGUAGUUGCUUCAGUUUCAGAGUCUUGGUGCUGUGUUUUGAUGUUACAACAGACUGUUACUAUUAUUGGUACUACCUGCUCUUUUCCAGACUUCACAAGUCUAUUUUGAAAUAACAGAGGAAACACGACUGUAGAUAUUUUCUUUGAAGCAUUAUAAAGGCAAUUUAUAAUUGAGACAGAGGGUCAGUGCUGAGAAAAAAUGCAGCAGCGGAGAAACAGAUGUAAUUCUUUUUCUGUCAGAGUAAAAUUAGGAAAUCUACAGCUGUAGAUGUCUCAUUAUAGGUCAGGACUGUUUAACAAAUGAUUAAUCAAUAACUGUCAGACUGCUGAUCAAUACUAACACUCCUCCAAUGGUCAGCAUAAACAAACAAACAAACAAACAAACAAACAAACAAACAAACAUCCCUUUCAGACUUUUUCAUGAUGUGGGUCAGUGCAGGGACAAAGUAGAGUUCAAUCCGGGUCUGUUAUUAGACAGCUAAAUAAAAUCAUUUCCAUUUCAUUCUGAUUCAUAAAUUAAAAUCAGACCAAAAUUGUCUACGAUUUAGUUCAGUCAGUCAACUUUAUUUGUUAGUUUGUGAAUAAAAGAGAAAAAGAGGAGAGAUAUUUUCCUGGAGCGGCAGUAACUUAGGAGGUAGAGUGGUGGUCCAACAACUUCAAAGUUGGCAGUUCGAUUCCCCCCUAUUCCUAACCUAUCCUUGGGCAAGACACUUAACCCAUCUUACUUCCAGUAUGUGGUGUAUGAUUGUGUAUGAUAUGACUGGUGUACAUGUUUCCAUCAGUCUGUCCCAGGGCACCUGUGACUACUCAGGUAGUUUACCACCACUAGGGUGUGACUGAGUUUGCGAAUGAAUGAUGUUUCCAAUGUAAAGCACUUUAAGGGUCACUGAUAAAGUGCUAUAUAAAAUUAGAUGCAUUAUUAUUAUUAUUCCAGACAGAUCAGAGAAAGAUUUGUCAAAGUUCCUGCGAGGAGCCUUUGGUUUGUGUCAACUUUAGCACCCCCUGUGGACAAAAAAAGUCUUUGCUUAUCUUGUCCUUUAAAGGGUUUAGUUGUUUAUUUUGACAGACAAUCUCAUCCUGAUAACUUGUGACAGUCAAAAUACAUCAUUUACAGUGAAUACUUAUUGUAAGAACUGUGCUUUUUCUUCAUCCGCCUGGCUCACACCUACCCCCUUGGGUUGGUUUUAGGCAUUAAAAUUUCAUUAUACAAUUUGUCAAUCUUGCCCCUGAUGGUUUUGUUUGCUUUUGGAAAUCAAGAAAAAAGCAUUAGUACAAAUUUCAUGAACAUCAAAAAACUCGUCAUAGUCGCUUUAAUUGUGUUUUAGAAUAUGAAGCUCCAGGCACAUUAUUAAAAGAACCAAAUGUAAGAAUAACAACAAACAGGAAAGUUCCCAAGUUGUAUAAAACACAGGAAAUAAGGUGAUUCACUGCCCACAGCAGGGCUGAAUUUCUUCUUUUAACCUAAUCCUCAGUUCAGACAAACAAAAUAUUUGAUAACAAAUCUGAUGAAGCCAAAGGCUAAACAUGAUGUUCCUGAGAAAAUGGGGAUUAAAUGAAAUGGAAAAAAUUCUUUGUGAAUAAGCCUAGUAUUUUCUUCCCUGCUAUCACCUGCACCGAGGUUUCCGGACUGACAGUGCUGUGCAUCACUUAAGUAUGAAAUACCUGACUUGUUUAAAAAAAAAAAAGUUUUCUCAAACACUCCCAAGUCCAAAGAAGUUUUAUAUAACCUUUGAAACCAGCACAAAGAACUUUUAGAAAAAAAACAAAAUAAAAAAAUAAAGCAGAGAAGAAGGAUAAAAAGGUUGUAAAAAGAAAACAAAUCUUUUGUUCUCUGUUGUUCCUCUCAGUUUCCUCUGGAGGAUCGAGUCCUUAUUUGAAGACUCUUUGUUUGAAGCUAGAAGUGUCAAGUUAUUCUCACUGUUUUUCCCCAUGUCUUUCAAAAAGAAAUGGGUAAACUUCUUCACAUUUAAUAGUGAUUGAGACUUUAAUUGUACAGUGCGGAUCUCCAUGGGUAAAGAAAUGUAAGCACACUUGAAUACCCAAUGAAACACAAACAGAUUUACAUUUUUACAUGCUGCUUGAAACACAGCAAGGCUCGGGUCUCUAAUCCAUAUAAAUCUUUUCUUUUGUGAAUUUUCAGCACAGAACAGAGAAAUAAAUAAAGUGAUGGAUGGUGUGACGGAUAAAGCAGAUGUCAUAAGAGACCUAUCAACUAUGUGAUCACUGCGCCGCCUUUGGAAGCAAGAGCUGCAUUUUUACAAGCUUUAGCAGAAACCAUAGGCAGACAUAAACUUAUACUCCUCCUGUAGGGAAAAGGGGUAAUAUUUGCACUCCUGUUUUCAAAAAAGAGAAACAUACAAAGUAAUCUUUCCCAAAAUUCACACAGGACAUCUAAGUUAAGCAGAUAAUAUAGGGUAGUGAAGGUGUAAUCAAGGUUGCUAUUUUUCCAACACUUCUUCAUCCAUUAGUGAGGGACCACCAUUUGUUAUCAGUAGUUCAGAUUUUUGCUGGUGGUAUGGAUAAUAUAGUUGCUGCAGUAGGCAUUAGCAUUGGUUAAUAAUGCAGGAAAUCAAUACUAUUCAGUGAUUAACAACAGAAUCUUUAUUAAUAAUGGUUAUUUUAUGGAAUAACCCUAAUUCUUCACCACAGUUUUAAUUUGUUUUGACAUAUUGGUUACACUUUAUUUGACACUUGUCUCUAUAACAUGUUAUAAAUAUAGUUAUAAUGCGCUGUAAUCACAUUAUAGCACUGUAUAACUAUAGUUAUAAACACUCAUAAAUCAUCAUAAUGCUUUAUAGCAAUAAUCAUAACACAUUAUAAAGCAUUUUAUCAUGACUUACAAGGUCAGGUAUUAUAAUGUGUUAUAAUCAAUCAAUCAAUCAAUCAAUCAAACUUUAUUUUUAAAGCACUUUUCAUACAUGGAAUGUAUCACAAAGUGCUGUCCAAUCGCACAGGAUACUAAAAAACAAUGAAAUAAAAUAAAUAAAAAUACAAAUACCAAACCACCCUCCCAACCCCCAUUCAACACAUAUAUCACUCACACACUCACACACACACACAGAUGCAUACACAAAAGACCAGGACACUUCAACUUGCCACAGAUGACUGAGGAAACACUAUCUUGAGUUGAGUAUCUUGAGUAUAACUGUUAGUUAGUUAACAGUUGCAUUGCAUAAUCUAUGUGGGCAUUGUCAGUGAGUUGUUAACAGUUAUAACACAUUAUAAUACCUGACCUUGUAAGUCAUGAUAAAAUGCUUUAUAAUGUGUUAUGAUUAUUGCUAUAAAGCAUUAUGAUCAUUUAUCAGUGUUUGUAACCAAAGUUAUACAGUGCUAUAACGUGAUUAUUAUGCAUUAUACAUAUAUUGUUAAUGCGUUAUAGAGAUAGGUGGCAAUAAAGUGUUACCAACAUAUUUUCACCAGUCUUUCGUGGACCGCAAACUAAGAUUAAACCUGAGAAUCUUGUAAAAGACCCCACAAGUGCUCUAGUCCCACAUCCUGAAUUUGUUACAUAGUUGAUUUAAAGCUCUGUGCGCAAGUUCAACUUAAAAUUUAGUCAAAAAUGUAAAUAACACGACCAUAACUCUCAAAAACAGCCAUUUAUGAGAGUGUCUUCUCUUUGACUCUUUCCUACUUUUCACCCUCCCUCUCCGAGUUCAAAAUAAGGUGAUGAAGAAGUCAAAAUCUCUGCGAACAACAUUAGUAACACGAAUUUCACAGAAGUGCUCAAGCAAAUCUUGCACUCUUGACUUUUCAACCGCAGUCGCACUGUCUCGCAUGCAGACACUUUAUCUUCCCCUCUUCCUAGCACACAGACAUGUCUGCACACUGACAGGAGAGAAAUUGCAAGUCUUGGUUUUGAGACCGCCACCAGUCAGAGCAAGCCGGGGCGGGGGGGGGGGGGGGGACGGCUAAAUUUAAACUGUGAAGCCUUUAAUGUUGGUAGGUUUGAGUGCCAGCAGCAGGAGGGAACAGGCUCCUCUGUAUCAGCCAGGUCCUAUCUGAAGAUGUUUGUGUGUCUUUUGUUACGAAGAUGCAUGGAAAGAACAAGAGAGAAAGAUCGAGCGAGAGGCUGAGCCAAAGACUUGAAAGUUCAAAGACAGAGCAAAGAAGCUAAACACAAGGGAAAGCAAGGGGAUUAAACUACGAGAGAACAAACAGAAAUCGCAACGUCUAAUUUAUGCAUGAGCAUGUAUAAAUGUGUGCGAGCAGAUGAUAUGAAGGCUUAAGAGGAGAGGAGAUGAGGAUGCGAGGAAGGAGGCAAAUAAGGAGCAGAUAAAGACAGGAGGAAAGCAGAUGAGGGCAUCAGAGAGAGCCUAGGGUGAGAUAUUCUGCUGUAGAUUCCUCCUGUCUCUGCUGCAGAAUGAUAAAUACCCUGCUCACCGGGUGAAAUAAAGUCUUGCAGAUCAAUGAGCGCUUGUGAGGGAUCUCUUCAUUAGCUCAAUGGAGUGUGCACUGAGCUGUAGUCAGCACAUGGAUUUACUACAGAGCUGCUGUAAAUUAGAGGGACAACAGCGAAGCGUAUGCAUGUAUUGUGAUCUGCAGUCGUGUCAGUUCUCAUAGGAGGUUGGGGGGGUGGGGGGGGGUGGAGGAAAGAAGGCAGGAAGUUAUUUUUAGAUGAGGUGGAUAGGUAAGAGAAGCAGAGGCUCAUGGGCUAAUGAGAGGAGGGGAAGUAGAAACCUGUGAUAUCAACAUUUAACCAGUCCAUGGUACACACAAAGAGAUUCCAGAUGCAGUAAGUAUGGAAUCAACUCUGCACCAACCAUCAACAGCUGCUUCAAUGUUUUUGUCCUUUUUGUCUCUUAAUGAAGAGGAGGAGGAAGGAAUAUAACAACUAAUAAUAAAACCUGAGACUCUGUGCUGUUUUUUUAAUCAGCAUUUUAUCAUUGAUUAGCGCUGUCACUCAAAUGAACUUUAAAGGAACAGAUCAUUGUUUCAUAGUUAGUAUUAAAAAUGAUUAAAAGAUAGCAAACAAAGAACUCUUGUGCUCUCUUCUAUACUUCCUAGAAUCAACUUCUCUGUACAGACACCUACAUUUAUAUAUGAUCUGAUGUACUGUAGGUCUCUGAGCUAAUGAGACAGUAUGAAGGAGUUCUUUGGUCCAUCCAUGGACAGAUUUGUUUAGAGGAGGACAUAUUGCAAAGCAUUUUAUCAUGUCUUACAGGGUCAGGUAUUAUAAUGUGUUAUGCUUAUUGUUAUAAAGCCUUAUGAGUGUUUAUAUUGAUAGUUAUACAAGUUUAUAAGCAAAUUAUAACACAUCAUAAAUACAUGUAUAAUGCAUUAUUUAUGUGGGCAUUGUCAGUGAGUUGUUAACAGUUAUAACACAUUAUAAUACCGGACCUUGUAAGUCAUGAUAAAAUGCUUUAUAAUGUGUUACGAUUGUUGCUAUAAAGCAUAUGAUCAUUUAUGAGUGUUUAUAACUAUAGUUAUACAGUGCUAUUACCUGAUCAUAAUGCAUUAUACAUAUAUUUAUAAUGCCUUAUAGAUAUAGGCGUCCAGUAAAGCGUUAACAGUUUUUCUUAGAGUUAUCUGAAAAGAUCUAAACCCCUCUUUUAACUGUUAAAAUGUCAGUCUAAAUCAUUAAUAAACAGGCCUUAACAAAUUAACCAAUGUAAUCCUGCGAUUACCUUAUCCAAAAAUGAAAAUGAUAGUGAUCUUUGCAUGAGAAUACUGAAUCUAUACAUGCAGCACUGGAUUCAUGGUUUCAGGAGUGUUCUGCUGUUUGUCUUUAGAAUGAAAGUGGUUCUGCCCACUUCCAUGUCUGUAUUUAGCCGUAUGCAGGAGAAUUCACAGCAAAUUAUCUGCCUGUAUUUGUUUGACUUUGUUUGACUUUAUCGUUUCGAGACAGAUUUUUGUGCAAGUUUGUUUACUUGUCCUCUGUGAGUCUUUAUAUAGUAUGCUGGACAUGUUUUGCUUUUCCAGACAGAAUAGAGAAAAAAAUUACUUUUGUCAUCUGGUGGAGACUUCCUAAACGCCCACCUAUCUGUGCUGCACAACUUUAAAUCCAUGUGGAUUGAAUUACUUUACUGCAGAAUUUGUCUAUGAAUUUAGAGUCCCUGACACUGUGUUGGGAGAUUUCAUUUAGAUACCAGAUGAACAGUACUGAAAAAAAUCAUCUGCAACACUACGGUGCACAAAUAUGUACAUCACAAUGAGUUUUCUAAAAGUAGGAAAACAUUCAAAAACUUUGAAGGAACAGUGACAAUAACUCUAGCUACUUCCACCCUGCACAGACACAUGACUUUAAAGGCACAAUCCACCAGUUUUGGAGCCGUCAAUGAUUAAUACCUUAUGUCUUGAUGCCCUAAAUAUACUCAGAUUAACAUGCUGUAAUCACCUCUAAAUUUGCCCUAAUUCCAAGAUAAGAAGAAAUGUAUUUCAAAGCUUUUGCUUUAUUCUAUUCUUACUUUGGAGGGUACUAUUUCUGUUACAUUUUGAAGGCACAGCUUGUAUUGGCUGAAGUUUUGACACAUGUUUAAGGAAAAUCAGGCCAGAUAUGUAUAUAAAAGACAGCUUAAAGAGAAGUCCACUUACCAACAGCAUGUAGAGAAUAGUGGCAGAAGAGAAUACCACAGGUUGUUGUUGUUGUGUUAGCCCGAACUAAAACCCCUACAUCAAUUCUUUGUCUGCUUUUUUGUGUUAUUAAAAGAGGGUCAUGGUUGGUAAGAGAUUAGGUAGGCUAUAAUAGAUGUAUAUUGUAAUGCACAGCCUGGUUUGCAUUUAUACAUCUCAUGCUGUGCCUCUCUGGCAAACUUGUUGUUAGCAGGUUCACUUGAAGUCUGACAUGGAGUUGAAACUGACCUUGCUGACAGAAAUGGCAAUCUGCCAGCACUUGUUCCUCGGCUCUAGACUCUCUUUGCUGUUGAAUGUUUUCAGUAGAUAAAGGCCCUCCUACCUAAUAACAUUUAGUAGUAGUUGUAAAUACCACUCAGGGUGUUGGAAGCUGAUCUUGCAGACAGAUAUGGACGGAUUACCUUGUAAAUACAUGAAAAUGAAUGCCGUCUUUUCCAAUAGUUGGCUUCGUCUUUCUCUUCAUGUAAAAUUUCCUACCCCUCUGUCUUUCUCUCGCUCUCACAGGCUAUCAGGGCGCUACAUGUGAGCAGAAGGUGGACCCAUGUGCUUGCAGCCCCUGUCACAAUAAUGGGACAUGCUAUCCUCAGGGCCCUGGUCCCCUGGGAUUCGGCUGCAGCUGCACAGCAGGAUUCACUGGACCAACAUGUGCCCAGCUGGUGGACUUCUGUGCCCUGAACCCCUGCGCCCACGGGGUCUGCCGUAGCGUGGGCAACAGCUACAGGUGUCUGUGUGUCCCAGGUGAGUUCUGGUGGCGUGUGUGAAUGUGUUAUAUAACGUGUAAAUAAACGAAUAUUACCAGUUUAAAAUCAUUUUUUAAGAGAACCAUCUUUUUGUGACAUGCUGAAAUUGUUUUUUUUAGACAUUUACUGAGGGGGGAAAUACUCUCCUCUAUUACUGCUUCAGUUACAGAUUCAGGUUUGUUUUCUAGUCAAAAAACGAUUGGGCUGAAUGGCUAUUUUUAGACUGCGGGUGAGAGUGGCGCUGGUGCUGACGCCUCAGUAAUGGACUCAAUCAGGCGGAAUGAUGACAUCAUUGUCCUCUGUAUUGCGAUCACCUUGCCUGGAUGGCGAGAUAGAUGACGUCUUCAAUUGCUCGUAAACAUAAUUUGACUUUUUGCCAAGUUGGCUUUCCAUCUGUAACAUCUGUCAGUCAAAUGAGCAGGCUGCUCACCAUAUUUCGCUCUUUUUUUUUUAUUUAGGCGUUCUUUCAUUCAUACCUUCACCAGCAGCCUCCACAGCUGCACCGUUUCCAAAACAGAUUGAUGCAGAGAAAAAUAAAGAAAAAAGGUUUUUCAUGGUAGUCCAUUAGUCAGUUUCAGUGAAUGGCUUCACAGCUGUUCUACCACUUGUUGAUGAGGGUUUUGAGUGAUGAUCAUAUCAUAACCUUUACUAUGACCUUUAUUUAACCAGGUUAGUCCCUUUGUGAUUCAAGGUCUCUUUUACAAGAGAGACAUGGCCAAGAAUGGCAGCACAUAAAGUUACGACCAUAGACUGUAUAUAGAAUGGACAGCGUCUGGCUCCUUGCUGGGUGAAGCCACUCUGAGAACAGCACCCUCUGGUGACGGGCUGCAGUAUAGGUCAUAAAUCCGGCCUCUGCCAGCAAAGCUUAUGGAGCUGUGGACAAACUUUAGAAAUGUAUUACACAGAACAUACAUUUUUCUCCUCCUGAUUUGUGCUCAAGUCCUCUUUUUUUUCGGUGAAGCUCCGUUUUUAAAAGUUAUUAGGGGUUCAUGUUUUCUAGGAUUGACACCUGAUACAGCCUAUUGGCAUUCAGGGAUUGCGUAGCUCAUCCGGGGGAUACGCUGUUUGAGCCCAGCGUCAUCACCGUGACUCUAUGCCACUCUCCCGCCCAAUACUGACAAUGCUACUGUGCAAUGCUGGUUUCAGGAAAUGAAGAGAAAUCGCGGAAAUACUGAGAGCUUUUUGGCUUCAAAUCCGCAUAACGGCGGGAGGCAGACCCAAGUUGUCCAUAGUAUAUACAGUCUAUAGUUAUGACACAUAAUCCCAUUAAACUUAAUAAAAUCAAAAUACAAAUAACAAUUUAAUUAACAAGAUAAGUUAAAUUAAAACAUUUGCACUCAAAUAGCAGAUACCAGACUUUGGAGUCUGAGCUUUGACUGCAAGGUAUUCCAUGUACUUGUAGCAGAAAAUGUAAAACCUUUCUUUCUCAUUUCAUUUGCUGUAUAAGCAAUGGAAAGUUGAAGCUCUUUUAAUAACACUUGAUAAAAAGUUUCUCUAAAUAUCUGACCCAAUGGAAUAAUUGCUUCGAGUUGAAAAUCCCUCAAUUUGUUAUAAACUUCUCGUUUGUUCAAACCCUUUCUCUCCGACUGGGUUCUAAAAUGCAGAACAGUCUUCUGCUACUUUCCAGUUAUUCUGACGUCAUUUUUUUCAUUCAGGACUUUAGAGUCUUUUUUUUACCCAUUUUUUAUUCUCCUCAUGUUCUCUUCCCUCUUCUGCUUGUCCCUUUGUCCUUCCCCAUCUUUAUCUUGCUCCACCUAAUUUUCCCCUCAUCCUCUGUUGUAUGGUUGCCAUGGUGAAGCAGUUGCCUGAGGACAGUGUUUGUGUGUAUUUGUGUAUUCCUCCUGUUAUAUUGUCAUUUUUUGAGGCUUUAAUACUUAAGCAGAAGUUGCCAACCUAUCUAACCUAUCCUCGGGCAGGCUUAUGUAACGGGAUUGGUGAUUGGUGCAAUUAACAUUGUGAACAUAAGUAGGUGUGCUACUUUGAACAUACACAUUCCCACAUACACUAACAAAGACACAUGCCUGUUUUUGACCAAAUUUGACCUUUUUACAUUUCACCAGAAUCUUAGCUGAUAUAGGAGUGUGCGUACUUUGCUAUUAGCUCUCCUUGCGUGUAUGUACGUGUGUGAGUGGUGUGUGUGUGUGCAGAGUACCUUUGUCAGUUUGUCUGUCUUGUUGGGGUGUGUAAUGCGUGUACGGGUUUGUUUAAAUGCCCGCUGGCUGCCUGUGAGAGGGGCUGCUGGGGAGCUGAUAUGUAGAAGGAUCCCUCCUCCAGUUUCCUGUAAUCCAGCUCACACUAGAGGCAGCAGCCCAGCAGCCAGCCCGUAGAAAGCAGACAGAGUCUUGGAAAGGCGUUUGACAUUUCACUGGCAUUUCACAGAGGGGACCCCAGAGUCUCUAUCUAAGUGGGCUCCUCAUUAAAUCCCCCCUCUCUCUCCUUCCUUCCCCAAACACACAUCAGCUAUAGGCCAGGGAGGGGUUUUUUAGAGACUUUGUCAGCAACUGGGGCCAAAUGGAAAUUUUUAGCCAUUUAAAGUGAGAGCAGAGCUAAUGAAAACAGAUUGCUCCUCCAGUCAGGUGAGGACUGCAGAGAUAUUAGUUCUCAGAUGGUUUGACUUGACAAGAGGUGGAACAUUUUUAUACAAAGCAGCGGUUCAAAGGGUUCAAUCAGGAAAUCAAAGGGGUAUAAAUUCUAAAACUACUUUUAAGUCUCAUUUAUCAAGAUUUCAGUAGACAAUGAAGAAUGAGAUAGAGCUAUACAAACGAAAAUGGACGUAAAAACCUCCAAUGACACUCACUCUUUCUUCCUGUAUUUAUCUAUCUCUAAGGUGGCUCUGACGGUGCAACGUAAACACAUCCCACUACAUAUGCUUCCUUUUAGCUCGUACAUACUGUUGUGGGGACUGAAGAUGAAUCAAUUUCUCCUCAAUCUCGGUUUGACUGAGUUUUCAGACGCUGCAUGCUUUUCUACCUCAGUGCACAGCUGCCCUCCUAUGGAAAAUACAGUGCACUACAUGUCAUUUAGUUUCAAACCCGAUUCAAGUGAAACUCAGCUGUAAAAUGGUUUAUAUUUGUACACUUUAUUGUUGACUGUUUUUUUUCCCUCUCCACUGGAUCACUAACAAAGAGGAACUUAAACAACUGUAGGAACUCCACAAUGUUGCCAUAAUUGACAUGGAUUUAACAUUUCUAAAUUAUUAUAUCUUUUGGCUUGACAUCAUUAUUUAUGAGUAUGUAUUUAUGGGUAUAAAAUUUAAAGUGUGAAUAAUAAGUUACUUAUGAAUACUGCUACAUUUCCUGCUCUUACCACCAUUUGAAGGUAUCUAAAUAUAAACCAGUUGAGAGGAGGCUUAGACUGAACAAGUGAUUGUGACGUGAUCAGCUCUGACCAGCUUUGAGAUCAGCAUGUUUGGAUGUUUGGAUGAAAAAUAGAGGGAAAAUCCAGAUCAGGUGGUGGCUUAACUUCCAACAAGGACUUUCUGUUCAGUUCUACUUUCAUUGAGAAAACUGCUCGCAACAGUAUCAGUACGCCUUGUGUGUGUUAUGAAUUUACACCCCAGAAAAAUAAACAUGGCUGCUAACGAGAGUUCAAUUGCAUUUGAUGCUGUAAUGCAAAAUAUCAUGAUGACUUCUGUCUGAACUGAUGUUUUACACUUCAGUAGAUGCAAUAAAUUACCUCUAAGGUUAUUAUGAUCUUAUCUGUAUAUGUGAAGAUUUUUCUCUUUUAAAUAAACAUGAGGUAUAAAAAAAAUCUGACUGUUUAAAAUAAUAGAGGAGGGAAGACUCUGCUGAGACAAAACACUUUGUUUCCAACUGAAUAAAAUGACACAUUUCAUACAAUUUAUACUUGUGUCCCCCUAAGGCUACCAUGGCUUGUACUGUGAGGAGGAGUACAAUGAGUGUCUGUCGGCCCCCUGCCAGAACUACGCCACCUGCAGGGAUCUCAUCAAUGCCUAUGAGUGUGUCUGCACACCACAGUUUGAAGGUAAACAUGUGCACACGUGUAUAAAUCAGCGUGGGACUACUUUCAGAUGCAGGCACACAUCUGUUGACGUGCUUUUUUUCUUCAAAGACCCCACCAUGUUACAGUUUCACAGUGCACAGCUUGUGUGUGUUUAUGUAUGCAGGUAGACACUGUGAAAUCUAUAAGGAUCCAUGUCUGAAGCUGCACUGUCAGAACGGAGGCCGCUGUGAGAGCGCGGGAUUCAAUGCUACCUGUGCCUGCCCACCUGGAUACAAAGGUGAGCACUAGAGCCGCAUGAGUCUAUUGCUGCGUUUGAGUUACCUCGGAAGUCAGAUAUCCGAGCUGGGAAUGACGUCACACCCGAGUUACCAGCAUUUCAGUUACCAAUUCGGAAAAAAGAAAAAUCGGAGGCAGAAACUCGAUGGCUAUAUCUAUGAAAGUUAUUUUAGCGCCCUUGCUUAUAUUCAGACAAGGCAAGCGCUAAAAUAACUUUCGCCGAUUUUGCUUUCUUCCGACUUGGUAACUGAAACACUGGUAACUUGGGUGUGACAUCAUUCCCAGCUCAGACCUCUGACUUCCAUGGUAAGUCAAACACAGCAUAAGACCCAGGAGAUGGGCAGCCUAUUUGAAUGAGACAGUCUGAGGGCUUUGAGCUUUGGUUUCUACUCCAAGCUUUGUUGAAUUCAUUUUUAUUCAUAACAACUUUACCUGUCCUCUCAGGGGAGAAAUGUGAGGUUGAUAUCAAUGAGUGCGAGUCCAACCCGUGCCACCAUGGAGGCACCUGCAUUGACCAAUCAAAUGGCUACACCUGUCACUGUCCACCUGGGUGGGUUGGGCCCAGCUGUGAGAUCCGUAAGUCAACCUGUCAGAAAAACUCUGUUCGGCCAUUAAUCUCAAAUCCCGCAGGAAGGAGGCCUCAUGAAUCUUUGUGUGUCUCUGUGUGUGUCAGAUCUGCAGUGGAAACCGGCCCACACUGAGGACACCCUGACCAACAUGCCCCGCCAUUCCCUCUACAUCAUUAUCGGCGCUCUGUGUGUGGCCUUUGUCCUCAUGCUCAUCAUCCUCAUCGUGGGCAUCUGUCGCAUCAGUCGCAUCGAGUACCAAGGCUCGUCCCGCCACGCCUACCAGGAGUUUUACAACUGUCGCAGCAUCGACAGCGAGUUCAGCAAUGCCAUCGCCUCCAUCCGCCAUGCCAGGUUAGGAAAAGGAACUUAAGUGGAUUUACAGAAAAGUCUAGCACAGAGAGAGUAUUUGUAGGGGCUGUUCUCAAUGUUCAUAGCAGUUUCUAUCAACAGGUCCAAUAUUGGCAUUAUAAUAAUAAUGGUAAUAGGGUAAGAAUUACAAUAGCAUUAACAUUAAAAGAAACAUUAACACUUUAUCAAGGUAAUAAUAAUGGUGAGGCUAAAAGUAGUAGAAGUAGCUGGAGUACAGCAGCAACAACUGAGAAACCUUUGUGAUGAGGAACUCCCACAAAGAUCUGUAGUUGGUAACUUAAGAAGGACAUUGAGAUGUAAAGUUAGUGACAUGCAGACAGCUAGAAGAGACAGAGUAAGAGUGUGUCAGUUCCAAGCCUGGGACAGGUCUUAGUGUAAACUUUAUUGACAAUCCAGCUGAGAGGUAACAAAGGCAUGGACUCCAUUCUCUGCCCUGUUUUAGCUCAGGAUGUGUCAAUUCUUUGUGAAAGUGUGAAGACGAUAAAGAGGCUGUCUUGAAAUGUGUUGAAUGUGGGAGUUGGAAGACAUUUCCUUAUCAAAUAGACCUCUCAAAUUCCUGACCAUGGUGCCAGAUAAUAGACUGAUGCUAUCCAUGGCAGAUAUAAUAAGGUGACACAGAUUAUAAAAAGCCUCUCUUAAGUGUUUGGGACCAAGAACCAUAACUUCAUUUUUGUACUGGUUGAGCAGUUCAGCUCUGGGCAUCCAGAUCUUUGUAUUUUAAAGGCAUGCUUGUAGUUUAGUCAGCUGGUAUUGACAAGUAUAACUGAGUGUCAUCUGCAUAACAGUGAAAUUUCAUGCAGAGUCUGCUUUUAAUGUUACCUAGAGAGCAUACAUUUGAAGCAAAAGAAAUCAGGGAAAGCACUGACGCUUGUGGAACUGACCCUGGUGCACUGAGGAGUUUUUGUUUUUGUUUUUGUAUGUGAUACAAAGUUUGAGCAAUUUCUGUAAUGCAAAAUACUCUGUGGUGCUCAAUCAUAUUGAAUGCAGCACCAAAAAUUCUAGUAGAGACAAGACCUAUGUCCUAAGCCAUAAGGACAUCAUUUUUUACACUCUCUGAUGCAGUCUAUGCUACAGUGGAGGCUAAACCUUGGCUAAAAAACCCAAAUAUUGUAAUGGAGACUCAAAAAUCUGAUCACUAUGAUCUCUAGGAAUUUUGAAAAAAAGAAAAAGUUGAUAGACAAGGUUCCCAAAUCAAUAGUAAGCUUAUUUAUAAGAGAUUAAUUGCAGCUACUUUAAAUGACCGUGGUAUACUGCAUAAGAUCAUUCUUAUUAUACAGCAGUCUUAAAAAUGUUCAAUUCUCUGAAUCAAGCUCAGAGAAGGGAACAGACAGCUUGACAUUAAAUAGUGGUUCAUUGAAGUUAUGAGCACAGGGUCACAAAAUGUUUUACAGUCCACGUCAUGUCUAGCUUUUUGGAUUCUCAUGCAUCAAGUCAAGGUGCCGACUAAUUUCCUUUUAUUUUCAGUCCAAUUCCACAGAGACUAAAGAACAAAAAAAUUAAAGAAAACUUUUAAAAAAUCACAAUGUUGCUGGUGCCAAUUUUCAAGGCUAGACUUUGCUCAUGUUGAGUGGAAACAGUGAACACUUUUACUUUGAUUGGUUUGCAAAUUUUAUUGCAGGAUUUUGUGACAAAUAUCACAGCUUAACCAGGCCCAACUCAAAGAAAAUAUCAUAAAAAGGGAAUGGAAACUCCUACAGCAAAAAUCAAAGUAAGACAUGAAAGUAGUUCUUUGAUCUACAGUAAUUUACUGUUACGUAAAUAUGUAAGACCUUGAAUCACAUGGAUUCAGGGCUCUAGCUGCUUCAAAAGAAAAGUGUUGUUUGCCCAUCUGCUCGAAAUUUGUUUCAAAGGUCGGUGCUAAGAUGAGUUCAUGUAAGUGAGCUCAUGGUGGUAUGUUAAGAAAAAAGUUUUUUAUUUUUAUCUGUGAUAUCAUCAGAUUUUUAAGCUCCUAAACAAACAUUCUUGGUUUGAAAGAAACUAAAUUUAACACACAGGGAGGAUCUUAUAUAGAGAUGUUGCUGAGUUCAGGAAGUUCAGACUAUCAUCCAACAAUUUUCAACUGAAAUUUAUGAUUUGUUGCUGCAAUCCUUAUUUAUAUUUCAACGUUAUCACUUUAUCAAAUCACUCCUUUCAGUAAAAGCUGGUUCGGUCUUUAUUUAUCAUUAAAUCUUGUAUGAAGAUGGAGUAUUCAUGCACUUUGUCUCUAUGUUCUCUUAUUAGAUUUGGCAAGAAAUCCAGACCUGCUAUGUACGAUGCCACUCCCAUCGCCUAUGAGGACUACAGUCCUGAUGACAAGCCUCUGGUGACCCUCAUCAAGACGAAGGAUUUGUAA